GAGGAAUGAUGGAUGCGUACGGGCCAUCGGCCAUCUGCUCAUCAUCUCAUCUGCGGUCAUGGGUACGAUAAUUAGGAUCAUGACUGUGUAAAUAGAAAAAUCAAUUCAUUUUAAUAUUUGUAAUCUAAGAACAGAUUGACACUCUUGAUUAGACGAAGUCAAAAAUUAUCACGACUGCGCCGCGAAGACCGCUAGAAAUGCCAUCGGGCAUGUAGACGUGAAACAAAGUCGCUUAUAUUCUGGAAGUCGCGCUGAAAUAAACGCCGUGCUGUAGAUUGCUGACAUUGAAAAUGACUGCCUCGUUGGUUAUCAGAAAGGAUAACUUUGAAGAACACUACGAUAUCUUAGAAGAAAUAGGGAGGUGAGUACGCUUUACUAAAUCUUUUUUUUAUCUUAAGCCAGUUGCCAGUUAAUCUGUUUAUGUACAUAAGAAAGCUGACAAGAAGCUGAUUUUAUCUUUGCUCUAAUCAGCGUCUAAUUCUUUUCUAGUGGGCAAUUUGCCACCGUCAAGAAAUGCGUGGAAAAAAGUUCAAAUUCAGAGUUUGCGGCUAAAAUUAUGAAGAAAAAGCGCAGAAGUUCACGAAGAGGAGUAACAGCCGAACAAUUAUGUCAAGAGGCAAAUAUUCUGCUAAAGGCCAGACACCCUGGGGUUAUCUAUCUUCACGAAGUAUUUGAAAACAACGCUGAAUUUACACUGGUCUUAGAAUUGUGAGCACUUGAAAUAUUUCUUUAUUUCAUUUGAGAAAUAUAAACAUCCAACCUUUGAUGUACAUAGCUAUUGGUUAUCCUGGAGAGUUCACCGAUAUCCCGCAUGUAAUAAUUAGUUUAUUUAUUAAAAUUACUCCAGUAAAUUUUAUUAGUUAUAAUGUUUAUACAGAUAUUGCAUUGGAAUUCAAUACAAUAGUUUGUAUAACAAUAGCCGAAUACUUUAUGUUGUUGAAUUUACCUUAUAAUUCGAUUUUAUUGUUGGUUUAAAUUUUGUGUUUGUUUCAAACUUUGUUGUGAGUCGUCAACAACAUUUUUGUGCACAUUUGUACAGGUUGAGUGGAGGAGAGCUUUUUGAGUUCUUGGUUGAACAAGAGUUUCUUACGGAGAAUGAAGCUAUUGGUUUCACAAAGCAAGUUGUGGAUGCAGUUGAUUAUCUUCAUGACUGUCACAUUGUACACUUAGAUAUCAAGGUUAGAUAUUAAUUGUCAGUUUAAUUUUGCUAAAGGUAUUUUGUACAAUUUUGUUUCAGAAAGCCGGUAAUAAUUUCCACAUAGCCCCAUACAGUUAUUGUGCAUGCAGCAAUCUCAUACUAUUUUACUAAACAGUCCAUAUGCAAUGCUCGAAAUUGCAGCUCACCGGUCACCAAUGUGACUAAAAUUUGGGUGCUGGUGACUACAUUUUAAGACCUGGUCACCUUUUGGCGAGUGACAUCUUCUGUUUUAGUGAGAUUAUAUUUUGUUAGAGACUUACAACAUACAGAUUUUGCUGUAGGUCAGUUUGCUCCUUUUACAAUGUUAGAUUUUAAUGUCUUCUCACGUUCUUCUUACACUUCUCUGUAGCUGGCUAGUCCUACCAUUAAAAUAUUAGUGGUGUCUUCUUAACUUUUCCCCUACAUCAGUUUGUCCAGUGUUAGUCAAUGUCUUCUUAUGUAUCUUUGUUGUUAGAUCCAAUGGUGUUAGUUUUUUGUCUUUUACAGUUACUUUUAUGUUAGUUAAUUCAUUGCACAACGUUAGGCCAAAGUUGUACACUAGUUCAUCAGUUGUAAGGUCAUUGGAGUGUCUUACAUUUGAUUUCUCAAUCUAGCCUUCUGGCAAUAAGUCUAGUAUUUUAAUUUUUGUGACAGAGAAUUUUUUUAAGUUCCUUCUUGUUACAGUUUCCUCUUGUGUCGAGCCUCUGUAUGGGUACCUUCAGACGUUGUCUUCAUCGUGCGUUUUCCAUCAACUCAUCUGUUCUUGAACGAAAUCGUCACAUAUCAAGAAUUGUUUUGCCUGGUAAUGCUACUUCCGAGCUCGAUCAAUUACGAAGACGACGAAAACGACAUGAAAAGAAAAGCAAAAGAUUUAAUAAGCAAAACAAAAAUCCUGAACGUGCUACACACUUUCUUUGCGGUUAUCACAUGACUUAUUUUGUCAAACUUGAUGGGAAUGCUAUGCGAGUGUUGCUUUAACCUCCAAGAUGGUCGUUACGACUUUGAUUUAGGAAAUAAAGAGUGUCAGGACUAACUUCCUACAGGGCUUCUGAUAUUUCGUGGAAAAAAAAGCAAAAUUUCGCGGGAUUUUCAGGGGCAAAUUCGCGGAAAAAUCAGCCGAUUUCGCGGGAUUUUCACGGGAAAAAAGUCAAAAUUCGCAGAACAAUCGGCCCAUUUCGGGCGAUUUUCGCGGGAGAAAAGUCAAAAUUCGCAGAAAAAUUGGCCCAUUUCGCGGGAUUUUAGCGGAAAAAAGUCAAUUUUCAGAGGAUUUUCAGGGGCAAAUUCUUAGGAAAAUCGGCCGAUUUCACGGGAAAUUUCGGGGGGAAGCUUCGCCAAGAAACAAUCAGUAAAAAACAGCUAAUUUCGCUGGGUUUUUUUGGCAAAUUUCGCUAAAAUCGAUCAAUUUUGCGUCGAUAUGACCAGCGUUGGUGAACGUUUUUUUUUUUAACAGGAAUAAUCAUUUGCUCUUUCAACAACAGUUUGCUCGAGAAAUGAGCGAAUGUUAAAGCUAUUAACAUUAUGGUCAGUGCCCAGUUUUUCGCAACGUUCAUCUAAAAACACCUGGUAAUUUUGGGACGUUGUUUACUCGUUGCAGUGACGAAGUUUCAAGCUAAAUUUGGACGUUUGGGGUGAAUAAAACCGGUGUAAUAGCCAAGAUAAGUAUUAAAUAUGUUUUGCCGACAUGUAUUUGGAAAUAUUUCUGGCGGAUUUCGCGGUAUUUCGCGGGAUUUCGCGGAAAUACCUGAAUUUCGCGGGUCCGCGACCGCGCGAAAUAUCAGAAGCCCUGUUCCUACGAACGAGCUGACAUAGGCGUGAAGGGAACUGAAGGAACAAGUUGUUGGACACAUCGAACAUCAUAGAAGAAGUUGUUACAUAUGUCACAUUACUAAUAUUUAUUUAUCACAUUAUUAUAAAUAAUGCUGUUUUUAUAUCCCAUGGCAACCGUAUUCCGCUUUUUUUGCCAGUUGUUGUAAUGUGACGGUCAGUUGUUGAUAUUACCUGAUGAGUGUGGUCAUCUUUUGGCCGCACAAAACAGAGCUGUAGUAAUAAAACGAUGCGCUAUAUCUCUGAAGUCUUGAACCAGUUUAUUAUAAUAUUUCAUACAUACAUACGUUUAUUGUAACUCCCAAUCUGGGCAUUUCAGUCACAAUGUUUACUACAAUUAUUAUAUUAUAACUACCUAUGAAUUAGCGAAAAAAGAUUUGGCAAAGAAGCAAAGCUAAAUUUGGGACAAUCCAUGGAAACUCCCCUCGGUGUAUGAGGAUUUCAGUCUUUUGCCGAUUUUACAAGUACUUCAGGAAAUGAAGAAAUAGCUAAAGGAGCUCCAUCAGUGUACUAGCAUUUUCGCCUGACAAAUCUGCCAUACUGCCUUGAAGGCAUAUAUUGAAACUGGUGGCCAAAAAGUUCGAUUUGGUGACCAAAAGUUUUCCUCCAGUCCCCAGUGGACGCCUGAAUGAAAAAGUUUUAAAUUUCGAGCCCUGAUAUGAAUGGAGCCGAAACAUGUAGGCACGUUAAAUGUAUAGGGCUGUGUGGAAAUCAUUUAUGGUGUGAAGUUACUAAAUUUAGUUAAUUGCAGGAGCAACAAUCAUUAAAAUUGUAACUAUCCACUUGAAUUAAUGAGUCUUGAGAUUAAGGUUUUGUUACAAUCUCAUGAUUACUGGUAAGUUCAUUCUUCUAAGAAAUGUUAAAAAAAACUUAAUAACUUAAAAAGGAAACAAAACAGAAGUUCAAUUUGAUAGAAGCAGCACGUCGGCAGGCACAGGAGAGUCCUCGCUAUGUUGCACCUUGGAGAGAUUGAUCUCCAGGUUCUCAUGUCAUCAACGUCAAACAGGUCCAGAACCUUAUUGUAAUAUUAAAAUAGUGCACUCUUAGAUGAGGAUAGGGAGAUGUGACUUGUACGUAACUUAGAGGGCAGAACAUUCCAUGAGCGGCACACAUGUAUGAAAAAUAAGUAACAGUUGCGCUUCGCUUAGGGAUGUAAGUAAUAGCGUUGCUGCUUGAUGAUCUGGUAGAUCUCAUUGAUUGUCUAGUUGCAGGCAGAGCUUCACUAUCACGGAAAACUAAGUUAUUAACAGCUUUUAUAGAUCUAGAAAAAGACUAUAUCCAACGUUUUGGGUUUAUGACUUCUUCAGUGUGAGAAAAAACAGUGUACAAGACCACACAAUACCAUGGACAUAAAAAUGGAAGUGGCUAAAGAAAUUAAAAGGCACAUACUUCUCUUGUGCUAUUGCAAAUACUCAUGAAAAGCCAGCAAAACACCUAAAGAUAGAUCAAAUAUACAUAGACAGAAAAGCCUUUUUGGUUGAAUCAAAAGGUGGUUCGAUUGGAGAAGUAGUAAACCAUGUACAAACCUUUCUGGAGAAACUUAACAGCGGCCCAAUAAUGUAGCUGACAAUGUAUCAUCAACCUCAAGAGGAAAAUUCAACGACAUUUUACAGUAUAUCUAUUUGAAAAAGAUAGGGAUGUUUUUGAAGCUAACAUUACUGCAAAAAUAACAAGCAUUAAAACUGUUGUUUCCCUUGAAGGCAAUCAGUCCUUUAAAGGCAGUAUACGUGAACAUGUCAGUGACUUAAAUUCAAAUCUGGACAAAUUAAAAAAAAUGUGAUCUGAUCUUGAGACUAAGGCUGCCAAAACGGAAAGGACUGCAUCUCAGCAACGUGCAGAUGUUCAGCAAGCUGGAGCCAAAUUAAAAACAGAUGUUUAAGUCAAUCGCAGAUGGCAGAGGCAGGAAACGGAAAUGCGAAGAAUUUCCUGAACUUGUGUACUACUCUGAAUUUGCAUCUGGUGAGGGUGACAGAGUUCUUUACGGAGAAGGUGGACUUGAGGCUGAUCGUCGUUUGUUGGAAACCACUCUUUUUAAAGCCGCUGAUGAUGCUACUGUUAUGCAUCAUGCAAAAGAAUAUUGAUAAAUCAAGUGAGACCAAAUUUUAAAAUCCCUACAUCCUAUCUCUACACUUAGACAAUGAACUACAGGAAAGGUUCAAAACAAACUGAACAACACCAUCAUGGUAAAGGAGUAAAUGCCAAUAUUUUAUUGCACAAAGCCCUGAACACAAGCCAGAACAUUUAUCCAAUGAAUGCCCAUUGUUCAACAUCCCACAUUAACUAUCUGAUCGACUCUGCUUCUGAAAAUGGAACUGGUUGUUUCUUGGAUUCGAAAGACACCAAGUGUGUGUUAUUUCGCCUGUUUUGAAGCCAGGGAAAAGAUGGGUGAAUUUUGAAACGCCUGAUCAUUCUUUGUCUACGAUGAACGCAGUAACGCCUUUGACCCAUCUCUUCAUGGAUAUACCAAGAGAUCUCUGAUGUUGAUUUGCAAAUCCCAGGAACUGAUUGCGUUAUUAAUAUCACUAGAUCUGGAAAAGCUGUAACUUUAAUCGACUUGUCUUUAAGUGAACUAGAGGCUGUUUUCAUCAUUUUUAAUGAACUGUUUUAUUUAAUGUCUAUUCCAUCGCUUGACAAGUUUUUGCUACACCCACAAACAGGAAAGCUGAAAGAAGUCAUGAGUUUUAUUGUUGAUAACGGACCUUCUGAGUCCCCAUCAAGUUUUCUCGUGCAAAUGUUGCUUGUGAGAAAAAAAAAAUUUCUUAACCUAGACAAGGUAAACUAAAGGGCUUUUGCAGAAUAUCUAAGCGAAAGGAACUUUGUAGAAACGGUUCACGCCAUUGAUAUAUAACAGGGCAUUGUCUGGUCAUGGCCAUACACUUUAAAGCAAUUCAUAAGACUGUAUUGCUGGGUUCUCAGGAGCCCAAAGAAAACAUGGAAGAUGUGGCAAGCGAAAUAAUCCAAUGCAUAGGCUAUGCUGUAAUUAAUAAGGAGCCAAUACAGUGUUUUUGAGGGAUUGGUGGAAAUCAUAGGUUUGUCUCUAAUGAUGAGAGCAGCUUAAAGGCAUUCAAUUUACAUUCAAUUUUUCGCCGACAACAGCAUGUAUUGACAAGUACAGUGUCUAUAUUCUGCGAAAAUAAGGAUUGCACAGCAGGGAAGCCUUUGGAGAGGUUCGAUCGUCAACCCCUCCCCGACUACAAGUAAUGGGAAGAGACUGGUCAGCUGCAUACCUCAGUUAUGAGGCAAGGCGUGUCUUCCCUAGGGGACCUUGGGAUAAAAUGUCCUGGCCUGUUUCUACCAGACAGAGUACUGGAAACCUUCUUUCGAGUGUUACCUUCUCCUUUGGAAGAUGAGCUAAUUGCAGUUGUCUUCUUACCCUGGGUAUCUGAAGAGGAAGCAUUGUAAUUCUACCUUAGUGCAAAUAAACAACUGCAACAGCGGAGAGAAGUACAUUUAAAACGAGAGGCUUGGAAGUUGCAUCCUCUCUACACAGAAAGCAGGCCAACUCUUGUGGCAAAGUUGACCAAACGCUGUUUAAAUCCUAACAGAAAGAAAUACAAGCUGGUAAAGCAUAGAUAUUGUAGAAUGCAGUGCAUGAGGCUGAGAAUUUUGUAAACAUGCUCUCUGAAAGGGGCCUAUAUCAGGCCAUAGGGACGGGGUGCAAGGAGUGCCCCAGCAGAGCAGUUCAAUCGUUCUGACUGGGUUAAUAGGAUCUGAAAUAAUUGUUGUCCAAUUGGCUGCUUUAAACAGCCAAUUACAGGAGCCACUAAUGAGCUCAUGCCAAUUACAAGGGAUGGAUCUUAUUAAUCCUCUUUUCUUUUUAAAGAGCUGAAGGUAUGAAUUGUUCUUUUUUUGUUUAGCCCCUAAUUUGUCUUUGAAAAUAGCUUAAAAUAUCCGCUGUUUUCUGUGGCCAAAAAGUAGUAUAUAUUCACGGUACAAGAAAGAGAGGGUGUCUUUACUGGCUCUUUCUUGUACACUUCCACUGAAUCUAAAAUACAUUGAUCUGAUAGAAGUCUAGCAAUUAAUACAGAUUUACAAUUUUCUUUCUACUUUUUUCUUUUUAAAUAGUGACAUCCUGCAUCGCCAUUCUAGAAAAUUAUAAAGUAAAGUACUCUGUUUAAAAAAAAAAAUACUUUUGAUGAUUAAAAGUUUGAGAAAUAGCCAGUUUUCAAAAUACACGAAAUGCAACCUCAGACAACUUAUCGCCCCCCCCACCGUUGUUCGGUCCAUCUGGUCGCUGAAUUGCACCUCGUCAUAAAAAACACUGGCUAUGGGCCUGCAUAUCAUGGAAAUAUUUCUUCGUUACCUAAAACUACAGCAGGGCUAAUGAAGUUAUGGGUACGUGGCAUAUUUAAGAGCCAUUCUUUGAGCCCAUGACAUUGUGGAGGUUGGUUCAAAAGAUGAGUUAAUUGAUUGAGUUAAACUACUCAAGGCAGGUCACCAAGAAGCAACUUUUUCCCGUGAACAUUUAUGUAUGCUUCAUUUCAUUGCAACAGGUAGGGAAAUUUCUCGAAAUCAAGCCACAUUCGUAUUCUCAAAAUUAGCGCACAAGAUCGUUUGCGCAUGGCAGAACUGAAACACUGACCACCAAAACCAGUUGUGUCCUGCAAGGUUUGUUGAAGUACAGCAAACCUACAAUCAACGGAAAUUUGUCAAUGCAUGAUCCAAAAAGUGUUUGCCAUUAGAAAACAAGGAAAAGUUGUGUUUAAAUGUUUUCAAAGAAAAGACAACCUAUCCUACCAAAAAGGAAAAACUGAGUGCAAAAAUUUCAAAAGGUAGGUUGAAUGAAUUCACUGAAAACAUUCGAAGAUCUGAAAGAAAGAGGAAGCUGCCAGCGAAAUUGCCUGCGUGCAGACGUCUCCUAUUUCCUUUGUGACGUCUGCACGCAGGCAACCAGCGAAAUUAAAAGAUAGUGGUGAUUCUCCUAAUUUUCUCUCACAUGUUGGUGUACUUGUCGAUGUUCUUUGGACUUAGAAAGAUCUUGAAGGGACCAACUGGGUUCCUGGAUGGUACUGUGGAGAGGUGCAACGAUACGAUGAAAAUGACGACCAAGUUUUUGUUUUAUUUUAAAGAUUGUGCUGUAUAUAGCUUGAACGUAACUGGGGCUUUGCCGACAGCAUAAUUUGUCCUUAAGAAAACCUUUAAACAUCUGCAACAAGAGCCUACUGUAAAACAGAACAAAAUAAUAGUUUGGGAUGAGAUUAGAAUAACCCAAAUAUUUACAUUUAAGUUAGGCUCCUCUUGACAGAAUUUGGCUCUUAGCCGGGGAACAGUGUAUAAUGCAGAGCCCUUACAAAACAAAAAAUUUGGUUCAGUUCUUGAUAAUAGGGGCCUUAAGCAUCGACGACGAAACGGGACAAUGGCACCGACUGGAAGUGAAACUUUCCCGCUUGAACCUUCUGGGCAUGCAUAAGGUUGUCAAAACGUCAUCCAGCCUUCAUCGACAACGAAAUUGAGGGAGGUUUACCGUCUUCGCUAAAACGUAAGUAUAAAACUAUACUUUUUUCAUGUAAAUUACUCUUUUUCCUCCUUUUCAUUCACUACAGGUAGAAAUAUAUUCUUUGUGGACUAGCAGAAUCCAAAUGUUUAUUUUAUAAACACUUUGUCGAUUUCUUUGCCUGCUAACUUAAUUGAAUUUAUUUUUCAGGUUCGGUUUCGGUUCUGAAUGAUUGCGGAACAACUAGUCAGAAAGACAAGUAAGCUUUCCUCUGCUAUCUCCCGAACCUUUUAGAUUAGAUGCUGUUCAUUUCCUUAUGGUCUUAAUGUUCACUCAUGCAUUCUAGGUUGUUACAAACUAUAAGAUAAAUGUUCAUUUUUUUAACGAAAAUUAUUCAUGGGGGUUUUAGCUGCUAGUAAAUUAAAGGCAACUAUUUUCCAGUGGACUCUGGAACAUGAUGUGGCUAUGAGGAGCCCUGAGAGAGGACAAGUAUGGGCCAACAUUGUAGCAGCACUGAAUUCUCUUCAGCAGCCGAAAUUUAGAGUAACUGCAAGUCUAGAGCUGAUCAAGAUCGGUAUACACUUUUAAGUAAUGAUCCAGCUAAGAAGCAGGCAGAAAAACAAUAGCCCGCGGCAAUAGCAUCGAUCAGUUAUUUUUCAGGUGCUAAUUUCUGUAUUCAAAUUCAAUCUGAAUGCUCUGAUUGGUCAAUGCAGCAAAAAGCACGAAAUUUGAAUUUUAGAGUUGAAUUAAGAUAGCUUAAGACUCAUUCGAACAACUUUUUAUUUCGUCUAUUGCUUUGUUGUGUUGAAAAAUAUGACAUAUCUAAAAUAUAAAAGAUUUCUAUGUGCCAAUCCCGAGGAAGUGAAACUGAUAUUAAAUUACAUGAAGAUGAACACAGUGUUACAUCAAUCAGCGACGUUGUGAACAACAUUUACGUCUGUUCUCACAAAAGAAAUGUCAAAACCAUGAUCAAAAACAGCAGCAAUUCACUCUCACGUGGCAAAUCUGGUGAACGCACCAAUGUCGCGCGUUCAUAUUUGGCCACCAUACAGAACAACAACAAGUACACAAAAUCAAAUCUAAAUGUUAUCUAAAUGUUCUGCAUUUGGAAGAAACGAUGAUGUUGCCCAGAAAGAAAAGAAUUCCGGCAUGUUCAGAGAAUCGGGUUUCAGAAAGCUCUCCUACAGUUUAUGUUUACAAGGUUUUGAUACAUGUAUUUACCCUAUAAAAAUCCUUCUUACAAUCUCUCUCUUCCUUGGAAAAAAAUAAAGGCAAGCUACAGCUAGCUAGUCAUGUUCGCUAGAUCUUGCGUCAAACCAAGAGGAACUCAAACACCAGUGACAUCUAUUUAUAUGAUACCUAAGCGGCUUCCGUCUCAGAACUCAAGGGUACAAAAUGCAAACUUGUGUCACAAAUUUCAGUUCAGUUAAGGUGCACAGUGAACGUCCAUUUCACUUAAUGAAGUAGUCUAUAUAGAGAGAAAAAAAAAUCGAAUGAGAGAUGGGUAUAGAUACACGGAAUAUGGAAGUUUCGAAAAGGGCAAACACAAAUAAAUAACACAUAAUGCGCAUGAGGUGCGCAAAUCUAUUGAGUUCGGCUUACCUCAAGCUCAAGUGUUCUACAUCUCUUCGACAAAUAAAUUCAUCUCAGUAAAAACAACAAAUCUUUUGCUUUCUCUUUUUAUGCUCAACUGUACUCUAAUUCCUAGCGCCACAAUCAUUCCGAUCUCCUCCUGAUCCGGCCCGACAACGGAAACGACUACGCUGGACCCAAAUUUCGACAUGGCAACUCAGCACGUCGAGGACGGCAGCAAACCAUGUUAAAGAGCAUUUUGACAAUCAUUCCGAUGGUAAAAGACAGUAAAGUUGAAAUAAAUAUUCAAUAAAGAAAAAAAGCAGAUUUUUAACGAAGGAAUUGAUGAGAUUUCUUCGGGUAAAAGACAAAUUUCCUAACAUCUCAAGUGUCACAUCUAAGAUGGGGUCACAACAAGGAAGGUCAUGCAUGUGUUGCACGUUUUCCGCUCUAACUUUUGAUUGGCGCAUAGAACAAUGCUGAAACUUGGCCGUGAGGUAUAAGACAAGGGAGUAGGGAAAAUAAAGCUAAAAAAAGUUGUUUUUGUCACAUUUCACACUGUUUUUUGGGUAAUUUUUGGACUUCGGCCAAUCAGAAUGCUUGAUCUAAUUGAACCUUUUAAUUGCUUUUGCCAUUCGCCUGCCUACCUCUUGCACGGACCAUUACUUAACUUCAAAACAAAAACAAAAGCUGCGUGACGAAGAGAAAUAUGUAUAGCCUCCUAAAUCGAAUAAUCGUGGUCAUUCGCCAUCCUCAAUUAAACCAUCGUCAUAGCUUAUAAGAUGCAAAUUACCGAGGUCUUUAAAUGCCAUAACAAGACUGUAGUAAGACAAAGUUCUUCGCAAAGAAAAAGUCGUCGUCUGUCGGAGAAGCUGCACUGCUUAAACUUCGUUUUCCCCAUCCGAAAACAAAACCCUUGACCCAGUCUGCAUAAUUUGGUUGCAAAGAGUCGUCGUCGUCCGUUUCGUUGUCGAUGCUUAUAAGGUCCCUAAUUUGUCACAAACAGUAUACAGUAGCACCAGGUAACAACUACUUAAUUACUUUGUUGUUGUAGGAAAAAAAAGGCAAUACUGAAGUGCUGUGUUAUACACCCCGUUAGAAUGUAACAGAGAUUAAUGCCCCAUUCAUACCAACUAAACAUGUUUAAUUAAACCAGGUUUUAAAAAAUGAAAAACAGACAUGGGAAACUGGAACACAGGGUUUCAAACAGGAUUCAAAUGAAAUGCAACAUACAAUAAAUUUGCAAUCAGUUUAAGUAAGAAAAGUCAAACCAUGUUUAACUAAACAGCUUUCAAACAUGUUUAAGCUUCAGUACGGUGGGAAUGGGGCUUAAACCUUUGUUCAUUUUAAAGCUGAGAACUUUUUAUCACAAGGAAAAAAACGUCAAUAAGACUUUUACCAGAUGGUAAAUGCAUGCAGUUAGUGGAACAUGCAGCCCCAGGAGGGGUAGGCUAAGGUAGCCUGCCCCAAUGUAUGCUCGGUUUUGUCUUUAAAGCCUUAUUCAUAAAUGAAAGAACAUACGCCAUUCUUUAAGAUGCAAACAAAAGAUGUUCUGCAUGGCUGGAACCUUACUAAUUUGUUGAAUGUUUGUCAUCGUAUGUUUCUGAGUAUUGGUCCCUGUUUCCAAGGCCCUAUUCAUGGCUAAGCUUUUAUCAUGGUAAGACUAGGUAGCUUACUGGUACAGCUGUAUCUAUUGGUCGAGAUUUGAGACACUGUCUGCAGGCUAUAAAAGUUCUGCUAUUUCACAUCUGGUCAUUAUUCGGCUAGUUUGCACGAAAGCGAACAGUUACAGUAAUUUUAUUAUGCCAAGUAAUUUACAGUUAACCUGUGUAAAAUUUUCGGUGCCUGCUAUGCAUCAUCUCCUUAAGAUAUGCCUAAAGUUACUUAGUCCUCUUCGAUUGAUCCUUCUUCCGCUUAACCAGCUUAGCCACCAUUUGUUGUUAGUUUGUCCUUCAGUUGCGAAGUCCAUUUGCACCUUUCCUCGACCACGUACAUGUGCCACACAUUGGAUCGUUCUGGCUUUCCUGGACACUCUACGAAGAUCCAAGUCAGAGCCGUCGCAAUAUUUUGAGAAACUCUCUUUACCCUGCUUUACCGUGACCAGCCAUCACAUAUAUAUAUAUUUAGAAAUAUUACUCUCUCGAGUACAAAGUUAAACAAACCUUUCUCAUUCUGGCAAAACAAAAAAAAAGAAUAAUAAGUGAACAACAUGAUACAUCCUUCCUGCAUACUAAGCAUUAUAUAGUUAUUGAAACGUGUUUUAUUUAUACUAAGUAAAGAUGCGUAACUUGAGUAGAAACAGUUACGCGUUAGGGAAUAAAAUUGGAAGAAGCUAGUUGACACAAUAAUUAGAUACUGUUUUACUGAGUGGAGUAACAUGAUAUGAGCAGAAAUAUAUUUCGGCAGUUUGAUAAUGUUCUUGGAAGUUAAUAAAUCUUAGGCUAUCGACCUUGACGUUGCAGGAAACAUAAUUUAAUUGCAGAUGUUGUAAUGAAGCCGAGGUGAUAUUUUUCUUAAAAUCGUUUGAGAAAAUUUUGUAGUAAACAAUUUGCUCCUUUUUUACGUACGAAUUGUAAAAGGGCCAAAGACCAACAUCUUCAUGAGCAAAUUGUGUGCAUGAGUUAUUUUUAUGAUUCUGUUUCCUAGAUUGCUGUGGGAUAACUCAAAUUCCCUCAUGUACGAACAAAGAAAGGGGGCAAAGUCCGACACUUUCACGUACCAGUUGUGUGAUUGUUCAUCUCAAGCAGAUUGGCUUUUCACAAUAAUAGUGGUAACUUGAACGUAUGAAGACCUAGCUAGACCUCAUUCGUUUUGUAACCAAUGAUUUAAAAAAGGCUCUUGUCUUUUAAGGAGCAGUAUAGCUUUUAAAACAUGAAGAAAUAAGUUGUCAGAGUUAAAGACUGUUUCACUGAGUAGAAUCGCACAUGAAAACCUUGUCAAUUGUGAUGAUGCAACCAUCUACCACCGUGAUAAAAAUCCUGGUAUUUCUUAACUACUCGAAUUCGAUGAGUCACAUUUUGGCUUAAGAAACUCCGAGGAAACCUUAGAGUUUUCCUUCUAAUCAACGUUUGGUGAGCAGAUAUUUAUUUUACUUUAACAAUUUGUUUACCCUUGUAGAACCAGACAUAUGCAAAACCUAUGCUCAUGCUAUUUGUUUACUAUGUUGGACUAUGUUUCAGCUAUGUUAUGUUCACUACUGCCUAUGUAUUAACUAUGUAACACACCAAACAACAUAGUCCAAAGUAUGCAAAAUCUAUGUUGAAACUAUGUUCAGGCUAUUUGAAAAGCACAUAGCUUUUGAAUACCUAUGCAAAUACUAUUCAAAAUCUUUUCAUAGUCUUGACAUAGCUAUGUAUUUACUAUGCAAUAGAAAGUUCUGCUUUUCCUUCCGAUCAGCAUCCUAUGUAUUCACUAUGCAUCAAAGUAAAAUAGCUUUUACAUAGCAUUUCGAUCUUCACUUUUAUUUCCAACAAGUUUCUUAGCUUUUACAUAGUGCUAUGUAUAUUCUAUUCUGUGUAACAAGUCAAGAAGAUGAUAAAAAGGUAAUAAAAAGUGGGGGUCACCGUGCUCGUUUUGACGUCACAAUGCUGACAAAUACGGCUAUUUUGGACCCUUUGACAAAAACUAGACAAAAAGGAAAGAUUUUUCAAUGAUGCAUGUGGUAUCGCACCGAAUUUGACUUUAAUGUAUUGUUUAUCCACAUACGUACCAGAAAAAUGCCUUUUAAUGCCCUUGUUUUUACUUUACGCUCCAAAGUAGAAUUAAAUUGGACACGCGCUAGUCGACACGUGAUAGCUCAAUCCGAUCAAUUUAGUAAAAUUGCCAAAAAACUGAACAUAGAUUUGUGCCAAUUUUUUUCUUGCCGAAAGGAAGCACUGUUCUUAUUAAAAUCAUGAAAUAAAAGAUGGGGGUCACCGUACUCGUUUUUACGGUAGAGCUGCAGAAAGUGCGCACCAAAUACAUUUUCCUCGAUUUUUGAGAGAGGACUGGGGUGAGUUUCAAAAUAGAAUGUAUGCGAAAGGGGGAAGAAAGUAUCCAAAAAUCCGUUUUUACAGAAUUUACAUUGAGAUAUCACAUUUAGGACACAAUGUGAUAAAGAAGGUGUUUAAAUGAAAAUCAAAGUGAGUAAGCACAAGUGAAACAUCCACUAUCGAGGCUCUCCGUGAGGAAGUCGAACUCAGCAACACGCGUACUGCUUACGUUAUGCACAUUCCCACCACAUUGAGUCUCACCUCGGCCAGAAACAACCGCAAGCAAAAAUUACAAUAGCGUUUCUCUUCGGUCAACUCCAUUUUAAUAAUGUUACUUCACAUGCUCUUUUCUACGGAGGCCAUCUUGUUAUGUGCAGUAAGAGAUACGUAGUGCAAAACUAGGGAAUCACCUUAAAUAUGUUUUUUUAAAGCCAAUUUAUGUCGUCCUCUUUAUGCAGCCUUACGAUCAUCUUUAAAAUAAAUUAACCAGUGAAUGCCUAUCGGACACGCGGUCUUUGGAUUCAGUGUUUGAUUAACUCUUGAACCCUUUUAAAGGAAGAAAAAACCUUUUAGGGGGUAUGGGGAAUGGGCGAUAUUUCUAUGGAAUUUCCUGAGGGCUGGGGGUGAAAAUUUCCUUGUAGAAAAGGAAAAUUCGAAGGGGUGGGGGGUCCUAUUUGAAAUUCCCUUUGUGGUAGAGGUCUGGAUAUUUUCUGGAACUACACAUGUAUUCUGUACUGUAUGAAUUGAUUGGUUUGUAUGUUUAUAUUUUAUGGUGUGACAGUGGAAACAGAGAAUACAACUGUCGAACCAUAUGCUACCAACAGUCCUCAAAUAUCCUGAUGACACUUGACACUUUCCGUAUUGACCACUUGUCAACUGGUAUACCCACUAAGUCUCACCAUUGUGUAUGUGUGGCGACAUGUUGGCCAACACCCAAUCAAGUGUUGAUGUGGCUGAUAUACUUCCUGACACAUCAGGUGAUUGUUGGGCAAUAAGUCAGCCAACAUGUCGACCGAUUGUCCACUGACAUGUCAACCGAGUAUUAGCCGAUGUGUCGACCAACAUGUCGACUGAGUAUCGGGUGACAGUGAUGACUGAUACUCGGCAGAGGUGCCCAAAUUUCACAAGAUCUGGGACAUUUUUUUUCAGACUUUUCUAACAUGGAAAAAAGGUGCAUUCCUUUGGAAUGACCAGUUGACAAUUAUAUAAUCAAUGAUCACUUAGAUUGUUAAAGCUUGCUUCAAAUUAAAGGUGCUGGUGAAUCCUAAGCUUGUUGAGAUGGGACUCAGCACUUUGAGGUACUUAUUGAUCUGCUUGACCUUGGAUUAUAAAACAUGAUGCAGAUCAUCUUUCAUUGUUAUUGUGUCUCUUUGUCCCAUCCCUGGAGCAAGAGAAAGACCUCUUGUUGCAUGGUGUAUGGCCAACCAGAGGACUUUCUUUCAGGUCUAGUUUUAGAAAAUUAUUCCAGAGGAAUGUAUACUUUUCAUGAUAUAUUUUUUCUCUUUUUCUUUCUUUGAGUCAGUUGGGUUCUACUUUGUUUACCAUAUGCAAUGUUCUAACCACCAAGCAAGCUUAAAGGUCUUGCACUAGCUGCUAGCAGUUGCCAUGUUGGUUUCCAUAACUUAAUAACGUACAUAAUACUCUGGUAAUGCAAUGGGAAUGUGUUGCUUUUAUGCAAACAGCUUUUCCAGUGCACUUUUUCUGCAUUUAUGAAAUUGUGUACUUUUAGGUUGUAUUGCAGGCUUUUUUUGCUGUAAUAACUAUUCCUUACUUUUAAACAUGUGGUUUUGGUUUUUUCAAAAAUAUGCUUAUAAAUAAAGGUGAACUCAUUACAUUUAAUGCUGUUUUUAGCCAGAGAACAUUGUUUUGAAAGACAGGAUUCAGAAAAAGGUGAAACUCAUUGACUUUGGCCUGGCAAGGAUUAUAGUACCAGGAGACAUUGUUAAAGCUAUCAUGGGCACUCCGGAGUUUGUAGGUAAAUAAUAUAUAGUUUUAGCCACAGCUAAAAGCGAAGCUCCCAUUGAUAAAUUUAUAACUUAAAUCAAACAAUAAUUUUUUAUUCCACAAAUCAGUUAACUUAAGGGUACAUUCAUGUGACUUUUGAGGGAAAAGCUAAGUGAUUUUGGAGUGAAACAAAUCAGUAUCGAGGUCACACCCAAAAAAUAGUCUUCGGUCACAUUUAAGAGCAAUAAUGGCUCUUGAUCACAGUAGAUGAGGUGUGGAAAACAAAUUCUUGGAAAACAAAUCGGACCGAAUUUUUUGCGUUCGACAAGCGUUUACAAAUUCUUGCCAAUAAAUCUGGGUGCGUGCAAACCUAUCUUUUAUAUUUUUUAUACACCACAUCUGAGGAGAAAGAGUACUACGAGGCGUUGUUUUUAUCAUACAGACCUCGAACAAUAAUGCAGUAUUUCACAAUUUGUCAAGACAAAUUGCAUUCAUUCAAUAUUUCAGGACCAUUGAAGCACGUGUGGACUUUUAAUUAACGAAACUGUUCAAAAAAUUUCCAAAAUCACCUAUACGGCCAGCCGGUUCUAACUUUUGACAAGCGCCAAAUUUGCGAAGAAAUUUUAAAAGAGUUACGCUUCAACGUGAUAAAGAAUUUAUUGAGUCUAUUUUUUUGAUACACUUGGAAUUUUGAGUACUCCUGCAAGCGAUGUUUAUGAACGGCUGAAAACAAACGGCAAAGCGAUGAAAAUUUCACUUUUGAGACUACCAACAAUCAAUAAAGAAAUAUAAUUCAGUAGAACAUUUACAGAGACAACAAUUUUCAUUCCCGAAAACAAAUGAAUAUUUAAGUGUCUCUAAGAAUCCUCAAGACUUUACUAGUAAGCUUAAAGAUGAAGUUUAUGUUUUAAGCCGCCGGUUUCCUGGUGUUUGCUGUUUUCAAAGAUGAACUCACGACAAGAAAAUCGCUCAAAGCUUUCUUUCUACAGCCAAAAUGAUAACUAAAUAUUCUUCGGAAAGCUUUUUCUUUCUAUUUACGGUGAAUUAAUAUCGACUAAAGGCUUUUUAAAGUUCUGUAAGCUUAAGCUUAUAUCAAACCUCAUACUAGGUAAGAUCACUGUCUAGUCAAAUCUUAAUACAAAUUAAACGUCCAUAGCUUCAUAAACUGCACCGCUGGACUUCAUGAAAUUAUAUUUAAAUACAAUAGUUACUCAGGCCUACCAUAUUUCGAGAUGCAAGUAAGGAAAGGAUCGCUUGAGCCUUUAUAAUUCUCGAACACAUCCAGCAAGGUGAAAAACAAAAACGAUGCCAUCCGAAAUUGGAUUAUCGGCUUUGACAAGGGACGCAUUUCUCAACCAAAAACCCAAUAAACAAACCAGCCAUGAAUAAGAGAACACUCUUGAUAGCAGCUGUAUUUCAUUUUGUACACCCAGUGGAAAAAAAAACAGUUAAAAACAUCACAAGUUGAGUCAAAACUCUGUCAGCUUCAGCUGUCAAAGUAAACAACUUUCAAGAUGCUGCAUAAAUUUUACGCAUGAACUCAAAAUUAACUUUGUCCAAGUUCAGUUGUCUGCAGGUGAUCCUUCCACAGAAAUAUACUUUUUUAAAUUUUGAUGACAUCAUCAAUGAUGUCAUACCACAUUGCAACCCCUUAAGGCCCAAAGUUAGCUUCUUUUAAGUGUGGUUGUCUGCCGGUGUUUCCUUCCAGAGAUAUAUACUUUUGUAAGUUUUGACGAUGUCAUCAAUGAGAUCAUACCACGUUGCAACCCCUGAAGCCCCAAAGUUAACUUUGUCCAAGUUCGGUUGCCUGCAGGUGUUUCCUUGCGGUGAUAAAUACUUUUUAAGUUUUGAUGACGUUGCACCACAUGACAAUCUUGUUACACCCCCCUUUGCUGCUUACCAACUGCCCAUGAUGGUUAAAAUUUGUUUGUUGACUUAUUUACGAUGGCUCGCAUCAAUUGCUCACAUGGCUUGCUGCAGUUAAGUCUAGCUUAUUUUACCAUUUUUUUGGUUUAUCAACCUGCCAAUAUUCCAGUCCAACCCAGCAGUGCUGGUGAAGUGGGGGAUGCACAAGAACUUGUUUUCACAUACCCACGGGGCUUGGAAAAAUUUGAAUUCCAUCCUGUCCUUUGGGCAAGAAGCUCUCAGAUUUUGCUUGCCCUCGGCCACUUCUUGUUCGUCUUAGUUGGUGAUUUAGUUAGAUAGAUAGAAACCUUUAUUUCAAUAGGGUAACUCCUUCAGUUUGUCUACAAGAUAAAAACUGCUAUCCAUAGAGGCCCUACAUAUAUGACAAACUAAAUUGAAAAGAAAUAAUAGUGAUAAUUAAGUACAAUUAAAAAUAGAAGAAGACUAGAAGAUGACUUGCUUAGACCCUUGCCCUUUGGGCAAGUGAAAUUCGGGCUAGUAAAUACUAGCUUCAGCUUGCCCGAAUGACAAGCUGUAAGUAAAACUGACUUUCUUUGCACCCUGUUCAGAAGAAAAUCUGCUUGUCCUGAACGACCAGACGAGACUUUUUUCAAGCCCUGUGCCUAGCUUUUUAGGUUUACAUAUUGUUGGCCUAGGUUUCAGCUCAUAGUGCUGCUGCUGUAGCAGCACAUUAUUGUUAUAAGUUUUGUGUUUAUUGCCAGGAAACUGAGACCUUAAAAUGGUCAUGCACAGAAGUCACAUAUGCCAUACCUGUCACUGAGCAGUCCGCCUAAAUUACGCCAGAUUUGUCUGGUGGUCCUUACUCUAACUAACAUUAUGUUGAAAUACUUGCAUAUAGUUUGAGCCCAUACUUGGAACAGUGACAUUACAUUCUUUUAAUUCCUUCUUCACUCUGGGGUGCUUAUCAUUUGCCAAACCUGAUCCCAUGUUUAGGCUAAGCAUUUGUUGUGAGUUUUUCAAAUGGAAUGACCCAACCCAUGUAAAUGAUAGGUACCUCAGAACAUUCCACAUACCAUGAAUCCUCUAUUAAGCCCCCCCCUCGCGGGAGGGGGGCAUAUUUAUUUCAAGCCCAUUUGAGGGGGGGGGACUUAUUUAAUUUAGAAACGACAAUGGUGUCAGUUCUCCAUAAAGGACUAGAAUACAUAGUGGAAAAGCUCAAAGACAAAAAGUUUUAGGUCAUGCAGCCGAGAAUCAGAAUCAAGUCCAAACUUCCAGUUGGUAAAUAAACCAUCCCAGAUCAGUCCACACGAAGUUUUAUGGUCGUGAUUGAUUAAUACAGUCUAUCAUUUAUUUGUGUAGAAUAAUUAGGGGUGGGGAGUGGGGGCUUAUUAAUUUUCUUCCCUUAAAAGUGGAGGAGCUUAUUAGAGGGAGGAGGCUUAUUGGAGAGGGGAGCUUACUAGAGGAUUUACAGCAAUACAUUGGCUGCAAAGCUGUAAGGAGUAUUGUUAACACAAUGACAGUUAAUUUAUUCCAGCAUCUCACCUAUGCUCCCUAGCUGUAUGUUUAUGCUGCACAUUUUGCUAGCCAUUCGGUUUUCUUGAACUGUGUCAUUUCCUUGUGUGUCAUGGCCGUUUUUUCUAUUUUUCAUGACAAUCCUGAUUAAGCUACUAGUAGUCCAUAUGUAAGUGAGUUUCGAUAGCAACCAGAUAUGUACAGAAAAGACUAGUUAAUUUUCUAAUAUCCUGUUGUUUUCUCUCAUUCUCCCUUAACUGGAACUCUCAAUGACUGGGAAUCAUCUUAGUUUACAUUUCUUGUUUCAAAUAGCCCCUGAAGUUAUCAGUUACGAGCCUGUGGGAACAGCAACAGAUAUGUGGUAAGUGUUCUUUAAAUAUCUAUUAUCUCAAUUUUUCCACCAAAAGUGUGCGCAAAAAGUUGCAGAGUUAAAGCCUCAUAAAUACUCAGUCAUUGGUCUUUGCACCUUUGAAGUGACACGUGAGGUAACAUAAUUAUGGUAAGGGGUAUUACAGAAAGUAAAGGUCUGAAGCCAACAGUAGAGGCAUUUAAGAAUUGAGGUUUUUAAAAUAAAGCACAGUUUGCAGUCAGUUUUCGGCGUUUAAAUUAUUUUUUUUUUCUGCUGAGGAUUUCAAAUUUUGGAAAGUUCCCUCCUUUGACAACUUAGUCAUGGCCGUGCCAUGUACAAAAAAAGGCCAUCUUAUCCUUCUUUAAAAGAACAGUGUAAAUUCUGUGAACAAAUCUGACAAGGGACAUGCAAAGAGUUGCUGAGCUCAUUGUUCCCGGGGAUGAAUUUCAUAUUGCUUUAAAACACAUCACUUUAAACUGCAGACAGUAGUCUCUACUGUCUGGUUUUAAAACUUGGGCAGUGAUUUAAUACAAGGAGUAAGUUUAAGUACAGAACGUGAUUUUAUGACUAUAGUAUGAUAAACUCUGCUGUAAAUUGCAUACUGUUACUAAAAUAGUACUUGUUGCAUGCAAAAGUGACAAUAUAGGGUAGGAAGUUAUGUUAAAUCUCAGCAGUUCUGUGAUAUUUCUGUUAGCAUAAUAUAUUCUUGAAGAUACAAACAACACACAACUUUUUCAUUGAUACCACAAGCUCUUGGCUCCAUAAGCACCACAUACAAAUUUAAUCAUCUGUCAAAACGAAAGCGUUUUCCUUUCUUUCUUUUGUACCAUUGCUUUUCUUUCUUGGAGUUAAUUAUUAGCUUUUAUUAUAUAGAUACGAGUGUUUUACUGGAAAAUAUACCAGUCCUAAAAUUCAUAAAAACUACAUCCGAGACGAGUGGUUUAUUUUCCAUAAUCUCACACGUUAGUUUAUCGAUGACGUUAUUUCGGUAUAUAAUUUCCCUCUCGUGGCAAAAACAAUAUUUUACUCACUCGCUGCGCUGGUUCGUAAAAUAUUGUUUUGCCACUCGAAAAUAAAACUCAUAUCUUCGCGCCACCGUGUAAUAUUCUCUAUUUAGAGCUACUCUAAAAGUUCACCAUUUUCACAUUGCCCAAAAUAUACCUUAUUUGUUUAGCCCACAAUUAUACAUAACUUUUGUUUCAAAUUUCUCCCGGGUUAAACUGUCUCCCCAAGAGAAAUUGAAGAGAAUGGUUAGAUUGGGCAAUAUGAAAAAGGGUAAGUCAGGGGGAAGAAUGUUUAUUAAUGGGGCCAACCAAUUUGGGGGGGAACCGAAGGAAAAGGUUGUUAUAAUUCGUUUUGUGUCUUAAGGACGGUGCCCACUAAUGGGAAGUAUUUUUUCCCAGAUAAUGACUAUGUGAGACAAGUAGAUCAUAUCAGGGGCUAUUGAAAUCAAAAAAGAAAACUGGGUGUAACCAUGCAUUUUUCAGAGAUAACUGCGCUUCAAUGUGGAGAAAAACGAUAAAACGUUCUUUGUUUUCCCAAAAUUUCAGAGUGUACACGUGAACUGGCACAAAUGCAAUGACAAUUGUAACAAGGUUUCAAAAUAGGGAACAAAUGGUAACAUAACAACUGCUCUUUAUACGUCUUUUUUUGAAAUAUCAGCACAACUGGAAAGUUAUCAGCAGUCACCCCUCUCCACGCGUUUGUCUCAAAAAUAGUGUAAACGACAUUUUCCCCGAACCAAAAAUUGAUAGUUUGCUGAGUAGGCUUAUUACUUUCAUUUUGUAAGGUAAAAAGUAGGGGUUACCAUGCGUUUUUAGAAGUUAAAUUGGUUGGUUUCGACCUUAACUUAAUUACUUUGGGGACUAUUUACAAUUUUCCCCAUCCACUCCCUGGUCAGUUUCACUAUUGCUUCACUCAACGCGGAGUACUCUGCGAUAUCCACAAUGGCUAACAGUCAGAGAAAACAACAACAGACGGAGGAGAGCAAAAACAGAAAGUGAUGCAGGACAUUUCAUGGACUCUAAGGAAAACAAAUUAUACUAUUUCAUUCAACCGGAGCUUCUCCGUCUCAAACAUUUAACCAAAAGUUUUGGAGAAGAGCAAGGUAUUAGAGAUUACUUGCAGCGCACAUAGAGUAGUAUGGCGAGCUCAAGAUCCAUGGCCACAGCUGAUGCCGUAAACAAACUACUGUACUGUAGUGGAAAAUAGUUGACAGGGACUCUAAGACAGGUACUCCUUCAAUCGUUUGCUUACCUGUACAUGUCCUCAAGAUUUUUGGAACUGUAGAUUUAAUAUGGAUUGUAAACCUUCUAUCGUUUUUUUAUCAUUGUAUUGGGUACUUCGAACGAAUAUGUUAUUAAACUUGCAUAAAUUCAAUGCAAGGGCGGAUCUAGGGGGAGGGUGCAGGGGGUGCGCCCCCCCCCCCGAGAUGACCUGCGGUUUUCUAAUACAGCUGGUAUUCUGCCAAAAAAAACUAUGUGGUUUAUUGGUGUUGAAGUAGAGCAAGAGACGAGUGCACCCCCUCCUAAAAAAAAUCCUGGAUCCGCCCCUGCAAUGAGCCUGCAAUGAGGCUUUGCCACAAGUGUCAUAUGACCUAUAAAUGAUUUGCAUAGACUCAAGUUCCAUACAUGAGCUCUCUAUUAAAAAAGCUGAAUACUGCGAAAGUAGUUGUACCGAAUGCGUUUAUGUACCCUCAUAUAUGCACUGGGCUAUAAUGAUCAUUUUAGAAAUUUCGUUUUAAUUUUUUUCACUGUAGCAUUCUGUGUCAUGAUCAUUCACUAUUUUUCGUUUCUAAAUGUUAAUUUUAGACUUAACAGUGUCUGUUAAACCUGAGAAAGUCUUAGAAUGGAAAUACUUUAUUUUACCUUCCAUCUUUAGUUUGUAAACAGUCAAAUGGUAGCUAUGUCUAAACAUCCAGAUUAUGUGUGGCGUGAAAUUGAAACUUAAAAAAUACUAUCUACACGACAAGCUGCCAAAUGAGUCAAUAAUUUCAAUGCUUAGUAAUGCCAAAAUGCUUAAAUAACAGUGAUAAUAGUAAAGAGCAUAACAAUUUUUUUUUUAUCAUUUUUUCCACGGUGAAACUGUUUCCUUUGCGGUCCGCAACUAUUUGUGAAGCUAAGAUGUCAGCAAUCCAAACAAUCUUGUGAUAGUUUUUUUCUUGUUUGUUCAACAAAUAAAAGCCUCGGACUCUCAAUAAAAGGGACAUCUGUAUGUACUCGAACGCUUUAAAUCCAUAGGCGUACGGGAAAUUUUUUGCCAGGGGGGGCGGUAAGCCAUUUGCCCAAAAAAUUUUCGCAAGUAUCCCAAAUUUUUACAAAAGAGUCGAAAAGAAACGAGGGCCAUAUUGCAACAACACAGGCCGUGCUGGCUUAUGAAGGUGGUUCGAUACAGUUUUUCAGGGUCAAUGCCAAGUUUGAGCAUAAACUACGUCGCCAUAAACAAACAUUAGGAAAAAUUGCCACCACAGUAGACGAAAAUUUGUCAUGAUCAGGGUUGCAAUGACAUCGGAGUUGUCAUAGCAUCGAAAUCACGCCAUUACCUAUUUUACUUCAGCAAAAUUAAAAAUUCUCGGCACUGGGAACCUUACAAAAUCGUUCACAGGAGCUUUUUUCGCCAAUACGGUCUUCUCAAUGUUUGCAAAGUUUAAGCAAAAUAUGUAAGAGCUUUAUCGAGAUAGUUUGGGAUGAAGUUUUUACCGUUAAAAAUACGGUAAGAAAAGGAAAAUCGUGAGGUUUGGCCGUUAUCUGUAGAAAACGAAGCGCUUUUGACAUACAAUUUCACCUCAUAGUAGUUUUCACGUAUGUGAAGGAUCGUGGAGAUAGCUCUGCCCGAUUGCUAGAAAGAAGGAUUUGAUUAGUGCGCUCUACUUAGCGGUUUUGUAAACAUUUCGGUCUACUUUAACAAAUUAGCGAUAGAUUUUUUAAAAGAAUUAAGAUUCUUCUCGUAAUUCAAAGUGAGAAUUAGUCAGCCACUCCUCCGUCUUCAGACCCACCCUCUUCUUCGAGUGGAGAUGAUUCUAGAAAGUUAUGCGACUGGAUAGCGCAUUCCAGCUAGCGCAGUGCAGUACGGUGCCCAACAAUAACAAAAAAAUAAAUAUGUAAAUUACUCAUCACAUGUUAGGCGAUUACUGUCUCGUGUGAAUGUAACUGGAUUAUUACGCCAACUUCAGGUUAAUAUUCAGGUAUUCAAAAUAAUUAAAUAAACAUGGAUGGGCUCCUGACAUGGAGACGUCUUUAAAAAGAGGCUCUGCCCAAAUUUUCUCUUGCUGCCCAAAAAAUCUGAGUUGCCCAAAAUUUGGGGGGGCUGCAGCCCCCCUCGCCCCCCCGGUCCGUACGCCUAUGUUUAAAUCUAUCUUCUGGUUAAUAAUUACAUAAAAUCUAACAAAAUUACAGAAAUAUUCGGGAAAGUGUUUAUAGCCGAUUAGCCGGUAAAACGCGAUCAAGGACACGGCUGAAAGGUAAGCUUGCAGUUUCUCGAUUAAGCAGAGGACUUAGAGCUAUUUUCCUUCUAAUUUACUGAUCCUUGCCUAUUAAGGGAUUUUUUAAUACCCAAGCAUCUUGAAGCAAUAACUUUUGAUGUUUUAGAAUUGACUUUUGUUUGACUAUAAAAUGUUCGGUCAGAUCGAUCAUACGUAGAAAUAGCAACACUGGCAUGCUUCUUCGGUUUUCAAAGAACUGACAAGGUAAAUAGAAAUUAUUUUUAUAUAUACAUCUGUCGAAAAACGACGCAUCUUUUCCACAAGAAAUAACUCGAACAUCCCAGACUUACAGGAGACAAAACCAAUCCGCGCGUCCUGCGUGUUGGUCAUUUUUUUCGCGUCACGCGCGACUACCUUGGCAUGCGCAGAAAAUGUGCACAGUAACAACAGUGGGCACCGUCCUUAAGAGCUAAUGUUGGAAAAUACAUGAAAAUCUCAAAUCAGUUCUAAAAAUUCAAGUAACACUGCUUAAAAAUGUCUCGCAAUAACUUGUGUAAAAUAGUUUUUGGCUUUCAUUGUUUGCACGUUGAUUUUGUGUUUUGGCAGUUGAAAUAACACCCAACUUUAACUGUUAAGAGUUGAUUCUGGAAUGUCUCAAAUUUAAAAUGUGAUUAUUCUUCAUGAAAGAGGUGUGAUCGAUUCUUUAAACUAGACCUGAAGUUUCAGCUCUGCAAAUUAAACAAAAAUUAAGGUACCUAAAUAGGUAUUGCUAUCUGAAAAGCUAAAAAGGUGAAAUUGUCCGUCAAAAAAUAUUAAAAGAAAACAAAUUCCUGAAAAACGAGCAACAGAAUUACGUCGGGUGACCAUUUAAUUCUGAACUCGGAAGUAAAAAUGCUUCCGGCCCAUCGUGGUCAAGUCCAAAAGGCUUUAAGAGCUGUUUUCGAAAUGGCUGACUAAACUGUCGACAAACUAUGUCAGAUAGAUAGAUAAAUCGUUUAUUGUAUAAAUACUUUGCAGUCGUAAAACUGAAUUGCGUAUUUUACAAAUAAUAUUAGUUAAAAUAUAAAACUAAUUACAAUCGUAUGAAUAUAAAUACCUUGUGUGGUAAAGCCAAAAAAUAUGUAUAAAAAUCUUACAAGAAAGUCGACUUCUCUGAAACUUUGAGAGCUUUAUGCGCAACCCUGGGACAUAGCAUAAACAAAAGAGCGUCUGAAACGUUCCGUAUGGGAACGUGGCAAAUUAUAUAACUUUUGAGGCCUUAAAUUAUAGCUGGAUUGUUUUCUUGGUGGCAGCAGGUGGUAUAACUUAUGUUUGGGAUUGAUAGCAAUGGAAUCAUAGACCUUUGCAUCUAACAUAUAGCGUUGGCAGGCCUAGACUGUCAAGGCAUUCCCGAUAUGACAUGGUAGGUGAAAUUAUGGAAAGCGCUCUUUUCUGAAUUCUUUCUAUAUCCUCAUUAAGAUAAGCCGGGAGUGCGUGAUGGAAAACGGGAACGCAGUAUUCUAGUACAGGUCUGAUUGUUGUACAAUAGAAAUUCACAAUGUCAUUAAGGGGAACACGAGCCCUUUUCAAGGGAACAAUGAAAUACAGGCGCUUAUUUUCUUUCUUAAUGCAAUCUACAAUGUGAUUGUUCCAUUGGAAGUCACUGGAUAUCAUAACACCGAGUAUCUUCGCACAGUCGGUGACAGGAAGCUCGUUUCUGUCUACCUUGAGAGGGGAGAAGUUAUGAGAGAUCUUAAAGUCGAUAACCAUCUCCUUGCACUUGUCGGCACUUAGCUGCAUCCGCUGGGACCGAGACUAGUCCUCCACGGCAAUAACAGGCUGUUGCACAUCACCCAGGGGGCCGCGGGGUAUGGUUUGGGAGAUUGUCGUAUCGUGCACAUACUUCCACGUGAGAGCGUAAACUGGAGAGAAUGCUGUCGGAACUGGCGCAGGGAACCAUUCCGGCAAUCCGAUUGACAGCAUUCCACCACUGCGAGGGCUUGGUAGACUUGAGAUUGUCAACUUUUGGGGCCAAGUACUUGCUGCGGAGCGAUUUACGCUCUUGAUUAACGGCGUUAAAAUAAAAAUAAUAAUGAAAUAAUAGAUUUAUUUUAGUAAAACCGAACAUAAAAAGAAGUCAGAAUCAUGAUUACAAAUGACACUUCUACAAAAUGAGUUUUAAAUGCAAGUCCUAGAUUUUUACAAAGUUACCUCGUAAUGCAAGGCUCUGCAGCUCACCUUCAUAACAUGACUUAAAAACUAGCAAAUAACUAAAUUUUCAACAUUCGGCUGAUUUGUAGAGAGUUUGCGGCCUAAAGUGGGUUCCUGAAAGAGACAUGUAACUCCUGGCUGAUCCGCCGUGAAUUUUUGCCGCACCUUUAGAAACACGACACUAACAGAAAUUGGGAAGAUCUAUAUAGUGCGAGGAAGAAAAUUCUUCCUCUCUUUCCCUGCCCAUUACACUUGUGUCUCCUUUUGCGUUCUGCUUUCGCAUGGCUUCUCACGACUCCCCCAAAGGGAAAACUUGCUAGCAGGCUACAUACAUACACGCUAGGUGUACAACCGCAAUUUCUCCAGGUGAAACGAGAGCGCUGGUAAUUUAGUGGCAUUUGUGACAUCAUGGCCUUUAUUCAUGAAACUGCGAACAUGCACGUGAGUUUUAAAUGUGGGUCCAAGGCAAUCUGCAAGUAGUUUCCUUACCAACCUGUGGGCCACUGAAUCAAUGCGCAUGAUUUAACUCCCGUUUAUCCUCUGCUUGGAUAGAAAACAGCUGAAAAACUGAACGUGUCGAUGGUUGACCUCCCAUCUUGCAACAAGCAUAUGCUCAAUCACAAGCAAAAGAAAUUUAAACUUUGCUGUGCGAUGAAUUCUUUGUACUGGGUGAAUUUAAGGAUGACCUGCUUUAAUUCCUGGUUGGGUGCUAUCUCGUUGUAACCGUUAUGUGUAGACUUUGCAGGAAUGAAGACAUUUAUGAACUCCUAUUUAUUCAGUUCUUUUUUCAGUCCGUUUCUGUUUUAUCUAGUCUUGUGGUUGUACUGCCAUAAAGCCGCGUGCAAACGGAUGCAACAUUGUUGGCCAACAACUCCCAACAUUGUUAGAUGUUACAUGUUGCGUCCGUUUGCACACCCUGUUGGAUGUUGUUGCGCAAAGUUUGCAACUGGUCAAACUCUUCAGCCAACAACUCCCAACAUUUCUUUUGUUCUGUGAUCGCCGAAGCGUAGCGAAACAAUGUUGGAUGCGUUUGCACAGCUCUUCCAACACUGUUUUGUUGGGAGUUGUUGCAUCCAUUUGCACACAGCCUAACUACCAAUAUUUUAAACUUGGAACGACAAGGUCGUGCAUUUAUAGCAAGUUACAGCAAUAUUUUAAAGUACUUAUGUUGCAUAUAGAAUUGUUAGUGAUUUGAUAUUUGGGUUAUUUUUUAGGGCAGUUGGAGUGUUGACGUACAUUUUGUAAGUAUGGCAGCUCUCCAUGUUUGAAUUUUAAUUAGAUCUUAGAUUAUAAGAAUUAAACCAUUGAAUCAAAGUUAUUUGAGUGGAAUGAUUAUGUAGCUCGUCAGACUCCUUUGUUAUAUGGAAUGGAACGGAAUGCUGCGGAUAGGAGGAUAAGAAGAUGCACUCUCUUAACAAUACGUAUUACCAUGUUAACAGUUAGCUUGGACGUCAGCAUAUAAGGGCACCACUGGCCGCUGCUAUCAGUCCAUUUAUUACUGUAACCCAUCCAAAGCCCAUGAUAUGAAUGAUGUGUGAUGCAGCGGGGCUAAAAUGCUGGUAAAGAGAAACAGUUAACUGGUAACGAGUAAUGGGUAACUGGGAAUCCGGAAGAUUGUUUGUUUGGUUUGCCUAAAAGCUGCCCCACUGGGGUUACUCUGUGAACACAUACGCAAAAGGUAGACCACACCAGUGGGGAAACUUCCACUACUCUUUUAGAACAGUAGUGUGGGUUCUUUUAUGUCCACUGUGAUUCCUCUAAUGAAAGAAGGAUGAAGGAGACAAGGCCAACGGCUUAAUGUCACCACCCAAUGAUGUGAUCAUCUUAACCCAGACAAGGUCUCAAAUCACAGCCAGCAUGAUCUCACCAGUGUUUUAUAGACCCUGGUUGUAGUCCAGUAGACAAGGACGGAAAAUUGUCCUUUCAUUCAACCCAUGGAUCAGAAAACGUUUGCCAGAUUUUGGAAGAACAAUACCUAAUUAAUCCCCAAUUUUUCAAGGACCGUUUAUGGUAUAUGGGCUUUGAGUAAACAGCACAUUUUUCUUAUGCAGGCUACGCUCCAGCGUGAAAACGAGGCUGAAGGGUGAAUCACCAUUUACAAAUACUUCGUAUUUCUUUCUUAAAAAGUUGUUAAAAAAUGGUAACUAACCCACUGCUCAAUAUAAGAAAGGGGUAAAAAAUGUCACUUGACUGAUCAUGCUGAUGCAUUCACAUGACACGCACAAGGACAAACUAUUUGCUGAAAAUAAAGGAAAGUGCCUUUUUAUUGUUUUUUUUUAAGAACAACUUUUUUUGAAAGCCUGUAUUUUGUCCAUUACCAUUUACACUCUAGCGCAGUAUGUACUGAAGAUGAGGCUGAUGAAGAGAUUAGCAUUCACAUUUUUCAGUGAAAGUUGAUGAACAAAGAAUGCUGCUAAACAAGCGAUGGGAUUGUGUGAAAAAUUAUUUCGCUUAACACGUUUGACAAUGUGACAUUGUUGCCCCCGCGUAGUCUGAAAUGUCAUACUUCUCCAAACUCCUAGCCCCUGGGGGGCGCGCGGGUGAGAGAGACGUCUGAAUCCUGAGCAUUACUAUGCCGUCCGGUGACGUCAUAGUAAUUUAUGCCUUUUUGCAUAAAUUCGAUUUCUUAACAAGUUGGCAGCCAUAAGUCACGGAAUCGUAAACAGUAACAUGCAUAUGGUCGAUGUGAAGUGUUUUAUAUUUUGAGUGCCGUGAAGCUUGAUGAUAAAGCCUCCAGAAUAAAUGUAGUGGGUUAUUAAAUUUUUCGAGUUUGAAAUGAAGUGUUGACAGGCUACGUGACUCGUAAGCUCUUGAUAGUCUGAAACGUGACCUUGGACUUGGAGUUAGCUUGAAUUACAGAGGUUCCCUUUUUCUUUCUUUCACUUAGCUUGUGCAGUACACAGAGUAUAUUAAACUCUGACUGAGCAAAUCUUACUUUUAGAGGUCGUGAAGCUGGUCUGUUUGACUUAAGGCGUGCAUUAUCAUAGAAGCGACUUCUAGUGGACCUUACACAUCUUUCUCUGUCCUUAAGCCCUUCUCCAAUAAUCAGUGAUUUAUUCUGUGCUUGCUCUUUUUGCGCAAGUUUGCACACUAAUUUUGUCAAGAAGUUGCAGAGGUUUACUUUGUUCUGAAGGUUGAAGAUGUAUUUUCCCCACUGCUUAGGUAUGGGAGUUGAUGGAUUGCUUAUCUUUACCUCAAGAGCAGUUGAAGCACCUCUACUUUCUCCCUCUCAAAAUUUUGUACUUAUCAAAAACAAUGUGAACUUCGAAGCAGUCGGCAGUGGUGAUGGGACAGUGGUGUUGUUAAGAUGUCAAAAUACUUUAAAAAGAGAUCACCAAACGUUGCUCCGCUAGACUCUACCAUUUGCAUUAUUGCCAUGCCAUCUAGUAUGUGCACUGUAGACGGUUUGACGAGGUGAAACCGGAAGCUGAGGAACGCGUGUAUAAAUACACGUAUACGCGUGUAUAAAUACACAAAAAUUCGUGAUGAACAUGGCGCAUCAUUUCAAUCGCUGAAAAUAAACCGCAUGCUCAUCACAAGACCAUUUGCAUACAACGAAAGACCAGUUAUCCUCACCAUCGAAGUUUUGCUUUUUUUUUUCAACUACUGAAGUGUUCACUUGUUCCAAAGUAAUGAAUGCUUUCAAGAGAUAGCAAGCGAGACUAAAAACGAACUGUGUUAUGGAAUGUUACAAAGGUAAAAUUUAAGAAAAUUCAGAAAGAUAAAAGUGAAGAUGAUAAAAUACAACUGAGAAAUAAAAGAAAUUCAUACUUUUUGAAUCUAGACUAAUCCUUAAAAAUCCCUUAAACGUCACUACUGCGAUCCCAACGAUACAUGGUCUUAAUACGUCCUUACUAAGUUCGGUCAAACAGUUAAGCGGCAUGCAGUUGCCUUGAAAGUACAUGCUAUGUUGAGCGAGCACGAGAUGGUGUCUUUCUGUAUUCUUUUCAAAACUUCCUUUGGCCUUACACCAACGAGCUUUUUCAUAGUCAGCUCAAGUUCCUUUGACCACCUUCCUAACACAUUAAUGACGAUAUUACACUGGUUGAUGUUAUAUCCUGGGUAUUGCUUCUUCAACUCCCAUCGCAGAGGACCAUACUUGGCUGUCUUCUCCUCAUCCUUCUUUCCACGAUUCUCGACCCACAGACAACUCAUUUCAACUGCCCAGACUUACUUUCCCUUAUGAUCGACGAACUGUGCAUCCACUCUGUUAGCCUUGACACAGUAUGGUCCUCGUAAACUGGAACAUCCCAAUAGGCGUUUGCAUCAGGUGUCUUGCAAAUUGGUUUAGGUGUUACUGGCGAGUACCUUUAGGGAAUGGAGUCCACCAAUUUAAGCUCUUUACACAUUUUGAGGAAAAGUAUCUUCAACGCUGCAUUGUGUCAGUUCGAGUACUUUGAAACAUGUGGGAGGGUCAGCAGCUCUACCGCACAUCCUACACGUUACAUCCCCCUGACACACAUGGGGAAGGAGGGUUCUGGCUCACCUCACUUCAGCCUUUGAACCACGCCCCCUUCCCCAUGUGUGUGAGCCAUAAAUAAUUAGUCUCGCAGAGCUGAGCAUUGAUUUUAACCAAUUUAACCUGGUUGAAAAAUAGAAAUUUUGCAUCGGAAGCCAACAAGUGUAACCCCCUGCACACUUUGGAACAUGGCUACGGCACGGCCAGGUUGAAGGGCUGCAAAUAGGCAGUCACAGCAAACAGAAUUUUCGCUUUGGCUGUCUUAAACAGCAUCUUGUUGAGCAUUCAAAACCUUUCCGAGACAAACCAAAAUGCCCCGAGCAGCGUUUAAAUACACACAACAGCAUGUUCUCGUUUUAUUGUGAUGGGCAUUUUCAUUAUUCACUAAACAGGCCUGGCCUUUGUCCCUUCGUUUCCAACCAAAAACCUGACCAGACCAACUAAUGCCAAUCGAGCCAGAAAUAUUAUCACUGUCACAAAGACAGCCAUCUGGAUCGCCAAAUUGCAGAUUUGACGGGCAUUUUCAUGCACUCAGUUCAUGAUUUUUACUGCAAUGCUCAUAACAACCUGCCGCAACAAAAGUGACUGUCCAAAAAAAUUUGUGCACUGUCGAAACGCUUAGGGUCAGAAAGUUUACCACAUUUUCCUCCAUAUGUGUUGAUGAGUUUAAUGUUCAAGUUGUCUUCUGGCCAGCUUGGAUUGGUACAUAAUCAAACUGCACCAGUGUGGAGAGACUUACCCAGUGGAGGAGGAAGAUUAAGGAUGAAAGGCGUUUAUUAAAAUUUUGAAUGGGAAUGUGGCUUGCAAUUUUAAUUGAGCAGCUUGUAAUGUUUUAAAACGAGUGGUAAAUUACAUCAUUUUUGGUUAUAAUUCUUGGAAUGAAAAAGUUAUUUGAUAUUUUUUUUCAUAAUCAACAAAUUCAUUUAAAGUGUUGUCAACAGAAAUAACUCCUUCCACCAAUAUUAUGUCAAAGUUCAAACCUCUGAGCUUUAAAAAAUGAUUAAUUUUGUUUUUGAAAUAAUAACUUUUAGGUCUAUAAAUUUUUCUUUCCUAAUGGGGAAUGUUGAAACAAAUAUUUCCUUCAAUCAAUCCGCAUUUUGGGCAAAACAUGUCGACUUAGGAAUGGGAAAUUUGCAUUUGUACUUCACAAUCGUUGCAUAACCGUAAUCAUGAAAAAAAUUUUGAUUUCUCUUUUGCACAUGAAGGGCAGAAAUGUGCUAACUUUUUUGUUCAUGUUUUAAGAAAAAAUUGCAGCUUUUGUAGACUUGGUAGAGAGUAGGGCCCGUGAGAAAUUCGUCCCUCGCCAUCUUACACACUAUCUGUCAAUCUCUAUUUGGCCUGCUUCCUCUAAAGCUAAAAAAGCGUUUGGGCGAUUGUACAGAUUUUUUUUUUCAUUUUUGUGCGUACUUUGUUGAGAAAAAAUACCAAAGCACAAAAGGCGGCAAGUAUUAUAUGUAUUCAAUCUGAUUUUUUUAAAAUGAAAAUUAACAGAGAAAUCUACUCGCCAACCAGGUCCUUAUGAAUUCGGCCUGAAUCUCUUUUUUUAUUUUUUCAAUAUCAGGGCCUGCGAGUGAUUUUUGUUAGACAGCACAGCCUCUUUGAGUUUGAAGGACUGUUCCAGCUCGGAGUUUACAAUCUUAUAAUUGUAAUUCAAGCCCUCAGAAACAAGGCUAUGAACCGUGGCACGUUUUGAAAGGGCGUGUGAGUAGUUUUUAUCGUGUUUUUUUCACUUUCAAGCUGAGGUUUUUUUUUUGCGCCUGUUGAAAAAAGCAGAGGCAGACCUAUAAAGGGCUGAACGCCUCCGAUAGGCACGCCAAUUGUUAUUCCAGGGCUAGUAAGGCCUGCUGCAACGCCAGAAAUUGAGAGUGUAGAUGCAAGCGUGUCCAAACCAACAGCAGCAUAAUGUGUGGCAGUUUGUGCUUUUUUGUAUUUUUUGCAACUUUUCUGUGGUGUUCAGAUUCUGCAGAAAUUUCUCUCAAUUUCCGUUAUUCGAGUUAGCCGGAAAUGGCCGGCAGGCACUUCCGGAUAAAUCUUUUUCGGUGGGGCAUGUGGAAGAAUGUUCGAUGAGGACAUUCUAUAUGAAAUGGUUUUAAUUUGUUUCCAACUCCAAUUCCAAAGGGGCCCCUUUGAAAUCCAACAAUUCUUCAUUUUCAUCUUUCACAGAAAGAGUGAAACUAAUGUGUAUCCCCAAAGGCAAUGUCGCGCAGCACGUGAUGUGGGAUUGCUAUGUAAUCAAUGUUUUCGUACUGGUUGCCUCGGAUUGAAAACUUAGCUAAACGAUUUUAAGGUUUUCCGUUCAGAAGAUUUUCUGUUUUUGACAUGAAAUCAGAAUGAAUGAAAUAACUAGUUGGCGCCAUCAAGCAUUUUAUGUAUGUUCUUUUCCCUAAUUUUUUGCUAAUUAACCCAAAAAAUCUUGCGAAUUGAAUCUAAGUAUUACAUUGUCCUCUUCAAGAUUGUAAAUCACUAAGGCUGCAACAGACUCGUACUUUUCAGCUUCGACUUUCGUUUCCAAGUUCCUUUUAAAACAUGUUGUUAAGUUGUGUUUCUAAGAAAUCGAUAGUGUAAUGGCAACUUUCCAUUCUUUUUGUUCUUUGGUGCUGUUUUGGGGGGAACAAAUAUAAUUGUUCCUGGGACUUUCAAAUUAUCCCAGGAAUUGUUAAAAGAGCUCGACAGAAGCCUGAUAUAGGAAGGUUUUGCAAUUGGGUGCUCAAACUUCACAAUAUGUAAUUUGUGGGCGCAUGGAUUGUGAGCACAACCGUUUUUCGCAGGAGGCAAAAGCAAAGGCGCUUGCAAAGUUUAAGCGGAAAUACCCAAACGCCGACAUGAGCAACUUUACCACGGAGGUAACCUUUGAUGACAAAAAUCGAGCCAUGGGUGUGAGCUGAACAAUAAAGCAGCCCAUACAACUCACAAUAACACAGUUUCCUGGUUUAUUCCGCUUCAAUCUAACUCAAAAAACUCUCACAAAACUCGAUGAAAAACCUACAAGGAAAACUCGCGCUCACUGUUCCUUUUUCGUCUCGUCCAGUUCUAGCUUACUCAGUUCGCACGUGCUCAUUACCUUAUUUGGUAGCCCUAACCCUAAUUUGGUAGUGCUGCUCAACGUCACAAAACUAUGAGGGGUAUGGUUGGUAAAUCUCUCGUACACAACUCCCCUAAAAAUUGUAGCACGCAAUUUUUACAAUCAAACGUAACUUGAAACUAAUCCAGUUUGCCAUAUGACAGUCCGGUUUAUACUCGAACAUAGUUCAGUUUGUCAAUUCUCUUCUUCUUGCAAUUGUUCUGCGAUUCUCUGAGCAGCCCUCUGAGCUGCAGCUCGUCUUGGUCUCUGUUCUCCUACAUCAGCACGAUCUCUCCUCCCCUUUUGAGAUUGGUCAACAUUCUCCACCGUUCUGAUUUCCAAGGGACAAACUAACUGAAGCGGUUGGUCAAUAGUGUGCCUUUUGUGUAACAAUGUCACCCCUCUAACGACGUCAUCUUUGCCUUUGAUAAGACGCACUACUUUACCCUUUCUCCAUUCUCUGCGGUUCUUUUCGUCUCCAAUGAUGAGUACAUUUUCUCCCACUUGAGGUAUAGUUCCCGUUUCCUUGUUAAGCCUGUGACUUUCCAUUAGGCUGUGGACAUACUCCCUUUUCCAGCGUUUCCAUGCAUUGGCCUUGGCAUUUUCCAAUCGUUUGGCCAUCCUUGUUAGCUUUUCUACAUCUGAGCCUUCAGUGUCUUCUACAGCAUACACAUCACAUCCCCACAGGAUCAUGUUCGGUGUAAGUACCGCCACUUCCUCUCUUUCUGCUUCAACAUAUGUCAAGGGGCGAUUCAAAUUUCUUUCGAUAUCCAUGAUGACUGAUUCAAAUGCUUCAUAGGAAAGUUGUGACCUCCUCAAGGUCUUAUGCAAGGUAUUCUUUAUCUCCUUAAUCAAUCUCUCAUAGAUUCCUCCCCACCAGCGUGACUUUGCAAGAUUAAACUGCCAGCGGAUGUUCUCACGUGCUAAGUAAUUCUGCAACUUCUCACUUCUCCUCACUGUCUUGAUCCAAUCUGCUGUAGCCUUAAACACUUUGGCAUUACCUGAGAUGAUGAUGCGAGGUCUUGUUCGUUGCGAGAUAAAGGCAUUCAGCUUACUCUUGAAUUCAUCUGCCGUUUGGGUGCUUGCAACUUCCAAAUGGACUGCUCUGGAGCUAGCACAUGUGAAAAUAAUGACAUAGCACUUUCCUUCUUCUUUCUUACCGACCUUGUACAGGAAGGGUCCGGCAAAGUCCACUCCGGUUACUUCAAACGGUCUGCUCCUCUCAGUUCUAUAUUCUGGCAAAGCACUAGUUGAUGGCACUCCAUAAGGUUUGGUGGAGUAUACUUUAGAGAUGUUGCAGUUCUUAAUGACCUUCUUCACUUUUGCUCUCAACUUUGGUAUCCACCAGUUUUCCCUCACGCUCGCCAUCGUGUUCGCGACACCAAGAUGCAUGACCUGAUUGUGGAUGUGAAGGAUAAGCUUCUCCACAAGUAGACCACCAGGAAGACAAAUCGGCCUAUAUCAAUUAAUUCUGCCUUCACAGCUGAGAACUCCUGUACAGUCAUCUUUGACCAACUUCCAUCCUGGGGACUUCAGACAUGUUUCCUGUGCUUUCGGAACUCGCUUUACCCAGUAGUCACUUGCAGUUGUGAUUUCUUCCGUAACUAAUGGGCCUGACAUCUUUGACUUGCUUCUCGCUUUGCAGUUUCUGAUAAAACGUAACACCCAUGCUGUUACUCUCAUUGUACGCCAGUGGGUGCUUCUUUCUAACAAGGCAUCCCACUCAUCGAACAUGCGCUCUUGUGUGCGAAGAACUGCUUCUUGGGUGACCUUACUCUCUUCAUCUGUUUCUUUGGUGCUAUUCAGCCUUGGCUGCUCCGGCCACCGCCUUUUGUUCAAGAGCCAAUCCGGACCGGCAAACCAGUUUCCUCUCUCCAUCUUCACAAUGGUUGCCCCUCUACUUCCGAGGUCUGCUAGAUUCAACUCUGAUGGGCAGUACUUCCAAGUGAUGUUGAUUGGACCAGCGGUUUCUGCUAUCUUCUUUACUCUAUUUGAUACAAACACCUUCCAUCCUCUCCCGGACUGGUUAUCCAAUAUAGUGCUACCAUACUGUCCAUCCAAAUGUUGAUGGUUUGGAUGGGCCAUCGCUGGAUAGCAAUGCUGAGGUUCUUGGCCAUGUUUACUGCCAUGUGGCCACUCACGAGCUCCAGUUUUGCUAUUGAUGUACUUCUCUUUGAUAUCCGCGACUUUGAGGUCAGGAGUCCUUUGGUCGCGCCUGCCUCAUAUUCUACCACCGCAACAGCUGCCGCACAGCAUGCUAGAAUGCUGGCAUCUGUGAAAAGAUGUAAUAGAUUGCUCCUAUCUCUCCAACAAAUGAAGCAAUACUUCUAGGCGCCCUUACAUCUUUAAGUUGCUUCGUCCACCUUAACCAUUGGUCCUUCAAUCUGGGGGAAACUUCUGCAUUCCAGUCUUUCUUCUCAUGGCAGGCUUCUCAAUAAAUAUGCUUUCCCUCAGCCAUGGUGGGCGAGAUUAUCCCGAGUGGGUCAUAGACAGUUCCUAGGUAAUUGAGUAUGGUGCGCUUGGUCACUGGAUGUUCUUGUGCAAAAGGCUUUGCAAGCAGCUCCAGUGUGUCAUCAUCCUUAUUCCACACAUGUCCGAGGAUCUUGCUUGGAUUUGGCAUGACUUUCAAGAAACUUGACAUUAGAUUCCCACUUGUGCACCGGAAACCUGGCAGACUCAAGUAUGGCAGUACUCUCUUCUUUGAACCGCAUGAGUUUCUCUACUUUUCCUCCCGUUUGCAUGAGAUUGUCAACAUAAGUGUUCUCCUUAAGUGCUCUCACCGUCUCUUCAAAUUCUGACCCUUGAUGUUCAAAGUGAUGCUGCAGAGUGGCUCCCAGUAGGAAAGGGCUUGCUUCAACUCCGAAAGGUACACGUGUAAAUCUUAAAUGUUUCUCCGUUCCUUUAAGGUUGAACAAGAAUCUGACUGCAUCUCUAUCCUCCUCCUUCACGCCUAUCUGGAGAAACGCCUUUUCUAUGUCUCCAAGGAGCAGACUUGUGGAUUUCCGCACUCUAACCAUUAUGUCCCAGAGAAGUGGCUGCAACGGAGGACCAGUAAACAUGCAAUCAUUGAUGCUGUAAGUCAAAGGCUGGGGCUUAGCACUUGCGUCAAACACCAUGCGAACCUUAGUCGUAACUGCACUCUGCUUUACAAUUGGCUUGUGAGGCAUGUAGAACACACGUUCUCCAGAAGGAAUCUGAGGUGCUUCCUCGAUUACCCCUGCUCUGAGUUACUCUUCAAUGAUGCGACCAUACUCUCCUUUCAGUUUCUUAUCUCUUGACAGCUUUCUCUCCACGUUUUCAAGCCGCUUUCUGCUAAGUGCUUCAUUUGUGUUCGUUAAUGUAGCUCCCGGUAUCCAAGGGAAACCAACCUCAUACCUUCCAUCUUGCUUUCUGACAACACUGUCUUUAAAGUCACGCAGAACAUCCAGCUGAUCAUUCUCUACCCGGUCCUCGACUCCCAGUACAUCCAAACUGUACAGUUUCUCAUAGUCAUUAACCUCUCUCAAGUACAUGCAGCUGCUCCCACUCCCGUAUUCGUCUCCCCCAUGGACCACCCAACCGAAAGUUGUCUCCUCUACCAGCGGCUCUCCCGGGUGCCCUUUAAAUACUCUCUCCGUCCUUAUUCUACUAUAAACACUGUCUCCGAGAAUGAGGUGUAUCUGAUGUUCUCCUGUGGACGUCAUGUAGAACCUCUUGUCCUGUGUAUGUGAGUACUUCAACUUCAGCUGAUUCAUGUCUGGCCUUCUCACUGUAGUAAAAUCAGCUAACUUCGAUCCAGUGAAUUCCACCUCUUCACAUGAUUCCCCAUCCAGGGACUUAAUAUGGGUGUCAAAGAUUGGCGUUGUCUGGACUUUGGUUCCAUUGACUGUCAAGAUUUCGCGAGUCUCGUGACGUGUCGGUUUCAACUUUACUAACUUGACUGCUUCACGUGAAAUGGAAUUGCGUCCAGAUCCUGUAUCUAGGUAGGCCCAAAGCACUUGUCCCCCAAUACUGACGGGAAUAAUUGCAGGUAGCACUUUCUCCUCUGCAUAAUUGGAGUAGACCGUUAGUGACACUCCAUCUGGAUUACUGCUUUCCCUCUUCGGUCUAUCGCAUAUGCUUCUAUGGUGUUUAUAUCUACACCUGGCGCAGCCACGCCUACGGCACUGGUCUGCUCCACAAUUAAAACAUAAAUUGUGAUCUACGAAGAACUUCUUCCUGUCCGCUAAUGCUGUUACUAGGGUACAGUCCUCACUCCAGUGCUCUUGUUUUCGGCAGAAAAGGCAAUAGGGUUUCAGCUUAUCUCCUUGCUUCUGUGAGAACAGAUGUUUUUCGCAUUUGCUGCUUUCAACGUGAUUUCUCCUUAGCCAUUUCUGCAGAGCAUCAAUCAGGUCUUCCAUUGACCAUUCCUCCCAACUUUCAUCCACUCUCACCAGAUCGGGCUUUACCUGAGGUAACUUGUUGAGCGUAGUCAUAACAAACCCUUGUAACUUUUGGCCUUCUUCGAGGAUUUGAAGCGCGUCAUAGUUGCUACUCAGUUUCUCGUAGAAUUCUUGCACCUUGAAAUAAUUGGACCCCUUGACUGGAAAUAGAUUGAUGAUUUCUUCCAUGUGCGCAUUCAUGACGACCUUUGUUUGCCCAUAUUAGGGACCUUAAGAUACCCUGGACGCGGCAGUAAAGAGAACGGAGAAAGCCUGGAGCGAGGACGCCGCCACCUUCGCGGGAAAAACAAAUUAAGAUUGAGCAGGUUGGGUUGAGUGCUCGCCUGACGAGAGAGGAUAAAGUAAUGCUUUCGUGUUUUAAUUCCAUAACUCGUGAAGUCUUGCUUGAUUGAUACCUUAACGGAAGAAAAAUUUGUGCUGCCGGCUAUGACUCCAGUUUCUCUAAAAAAAAAAACCGAAUUUCUUCGAGGGAAACUUGAGGGUAUAAUCGGAGUUCAGGUUAUCAGCUUUUUGUUUGUUUUUUCGCUUUCCGUUGUUCUAGAUCUUGCUUUAAAACCAUAUGGUUCUGUUACGAGAAUUUCCCGUACUAAGGCGAGAUUUUGGUCAUCAGAUCGCUCCAUCGCUGAACUGAAAGUAAACAAAAUAAAAUUAUAAAAGUUAAUAAAUGAACCAUGGCGUCUUGUUCAAGAUCUCAAUUUUCUCCGACACGUUUAAGUUUAUUACAAGCCUAGAUUUUUUGUUUUUCAACAAUUUUUAUUCGACUUCUUGUCUCAUAAAGUUUUCAAAUACUAUCCUAAAGCGAGAACGUUGUCCCCUUAAAAACAAGCAGUUAUAGUGUUACAUUUGUGUCGAACGACUCUGCUUUUUCAUUCUCAGUUGCCGCCAAAACACUGAACCCAAAAGGCUUGAUAGCAAAAAAAUAAGAGGCAAUCUUGAGAGAACACCUCACUAAAAACACUUAAAUGUGUCUCUUGAAGUAAAACGGAUCGAAAAUCCUGUACGAAAAGCAAUUUCUGCACUGAAAACAAGAACACCAACUCACCGUUUUAAGAGGCGGCCAAACUUCUAGUUUUCACCGUCGCGACUUCAGGUCGACGCUGUGGCAUUAUGCUAAUUAGUUCCAAGAAUUGAACAUUUCACUUCCGGUUGACGUCCUCCUCGGCCGCGUCCAGAGUAUCUUAAGGUCCCUAUUCUUUCUUAAGUCGAUCCCACGCUGUCUUGUAACCAACAGUUCCAGGCUUGCAAUUCUGUCUCUCACCUUCGCGCUAACGGAUUCCAGAAGGUACCCGAAUUUCUCUUCGUCGGAAAUCGACUUCGUAUCUACUUGCGUCAGGAACAUGUUUUCAAAUCUUAUCCAGUCGCCGGCGGUACCCUUGAACGGUGUUAUCUUUAAUUUCGGUAACUUUGUGGUGCUUGAAACAGCUGUUUUCUCCAUUUCUAAUUUCUUUUCUGCCACAAGUAAUUCAGCUUCAAGCUUUUCCUUCCACAACUCACGCUCGUGCCCCUGUUGUUUUUUACGUAACACGUACAAUCGCCGCUCAUCUUCCAACUGUUGCUCCCGCUUCAAAUCUUCUUUUUGUCGCGUAAUUUCUUCCUCUCUAUCAUCUGAACACUUUCUAAGCCUCUCGUUUUCGCUAACAGAUGCGGCAUACUUUGAUUUAAUGUCUUUUUUCCACUGUCUCACAGUCCGAGGCGACAAUCCUCGCUCAAUUUUUAAUUCUUCUGUCUGUGAAAUAAGAUCCGACAGCUUUGCAAUGAUUUUCACAGCUCGUUUGUUGACUAUUUCCAUCUCCGAAUAAUCCUGAAUUUUGAUCAGUUCCUCUAUCUCCUCCAUCAAUUUCCUUGUCGAUCUCUUUUAUGAGACGUUGUUCGUCGUUGCUCGGUUCUUCGCUGUCGCUCAUGUUUGUUUUGACUCCGAGAAGGAUCACUUCAGUUCUCAAACUGUCUCGCUAGCGUUGUGUAUUUCUGCAGCGUAUCCUGGUCUCAGCACCAAAAAUGAGCUGAACAAUAAAACAGCCCAUAGAACUCACAAUCACACGGUUUCCUGGUUUAUUCCGCUUCAAUCUAACUCACAAAACUCUCACUAAACUCGAUGAAAAACCUACAAGGAAAACUCGCGCUCACUGUUCCUUUUUCGUCUCGUCCAGUUCUAGCUUACUCAGUUCGCACGUGCUCAUUACCUUAUUUGGUAGCCCCAGCCUUAAAUUGGUAGUGCUGCUCAACGUCACAAAACUAUGAGGGGUAUGGUUGGUAAAUCUCUCGUACAGGUGAGGUAUAUUUCAAAGCAGGGCCAGGAUGGUUUCAAGAUCCAGACGAGGUUGGCAAAAAAAAUGUAGUAGAGUCUUGCGAAUUGCCCUGGGAUUUAGAAGUUUCCCCUGUCAGCUUUUGCUGAUCAGAAGUGGUGCCAGCGGUUGAUUUUGCAAAUAGUGUUGUACGUGUUGGUGGGCUGUUCAACCGGGAGCAAAAAAAAAUGUCACUGCAACAGAAUAUUUUACAACAAAGUUCAGAGAGAUUUUUACAAACCCAAAUAUAACACACAAAACAGGAAAAGAGGCAAGGGUGUAACUCAGACGACGAUCAAAUAGUAUCCCAUGAUGCAUUUUUCCAGAAGCAUCACACAAUAUCGCAGUCAUGGCAGGUUUCAUCGUGAAAUAAGAUUGUUUUCUUGUCGGCUUUUUUCUCAUUUGUGUUCCAGUAAAAGUAAGAAAAUUGUGUUAUUUUGUUAUUUGACAUGAUUUUUCCGCUUUGCAAUGGCUUAAGAGCGAAGUUUCCACAUAGAAACAUCUAAAAUCAUUGUUGCACUUAGUCUUCGCAUCACAAAGUGUUCAGUGACCCACAACAAGGUCAUGCGUUUUCACGAUUUUUUGGAUUAUAUGAUGAAAUCUUCCAAAUGUGGACCUUACGCCAGCAAAAUGAAGUCCUGAAUAUUGUACAGGCUAAGAAGUACCCAGAAGUACCCACAUUUUGAAGACUUUUUUAUCGACCAAAGAUGGCUGAAAUUUUGUAUCUUUAAUCACAUCUCAACGCCGUGUGUGAUAAUAUAUGUGUAAAGCCUGCUGAAGGCUACAAUCUGUUGGGUGCUUUCAAGAGCGCUUUAUGCCGAAGCGAUCACUUUGUAUUUUAACGUGGUUAUUUUUAAAAAGAAUUUGACUAUAAUGAUUUUAAUUAGAACAAGGAGCGGUUAAUAAUGCCGUGUGUUUCAGUGAGAUAGGAACCCAAACAAAGGUGCCACGCCGCACGUAAGCGGCACAACGUUAAACAAGCCUGCUCAGAAUUUGAAAAAGAAAUAUCACAAAUCUUUAUUUAUUCAAAAGAACAGAUCAGUCUUCUGGCCAGGAAAUUUCCUUGAAGAUUACUUGAGUCAAUACCGGAUAGAUUGUGCUUCGGAGGAUUGUUUGUCGCAUCGAUAGGUUAAAUGUUAUUUCUAACUGCCGUUGUAAACUGAGCUCCUUUGAACGUGAUGCUGUAAUAAAUCCUCCUUUGGUAAUUAGCCUUACAGCGUAGCGGCUGUUUUGUUGGAGCCACUUUUUAGAUCAGUCAUGGUUUCGGUUCUCCCAGCGAACCUUAUCAGUUGCCGAGUAUCAUACUUUGUGUUUGUAGUUGCGACCGAGCGCACAAGUAGUUCCCGACAGAUCAGUGAAAUACAUGUAAAACCCUUCUUAGUCAAAGUAACGCUGAAAUUGUCCUUUGAAGCACAGUGAAUAUAUCUAACUUGAUAAUCUCAAAAGCGGAAGCCGCCGUACCGAAACAAUGUUUCGAAACCAUCCAUAUCGAGCACUGCGAUGUUCAUUUCGCGCGUGCUGAAGAUUACUGAUCAUGAUAUGUCACGUACGCAGUGGUAAUAUAACAUGAAAUGAGGUGCAUCAUGGGAUACUAUUCGAUCGUCGUCUGGGUGUAACUGGCAGAGCCAAAUAUGAAAUAUUGGCAGCAGCAGUGGACUUUUGCACUAUGGUGUGCAACCACUGGCCGUGGUAUUUCCCGAGACAUUUUGAGUGAAAAGCAGUUGAGAGUGAAGCUGAGAGUUUUUUUUUUCAAUGUCACGUCUGUUUCAUGGAAAGAAGAAUUUUUUACGAGAUGGGAAGCAUCCAAAACGUGAGGGACUCGACGUUCAAUCAAACGAACAUCAAACAUGACAUUUCAUCGUACAAGAGAAUUUGCGCUGAGUUUAGAGUGGAGUCACCAGCAGAUUUCCGCUUCAUGCACAGCGCAUACCAUGGUCUUGGCAAUGUUUUUAUUUGUGUUUCCAGAUAUGGUCCUACAUCCACAGGCAUGGGCUAUCCCGGCGCACAUGCAAAAUUUGACGAUGAAGGGGGCAGAGUCAAUGAGAGAAACCUGGUCGCUUUUAUCAGAAAUGUCAGAACACAGACCAUCGUUUUAACUACUUUGUGCCCAACAAGGCAAACAGGCUCACACAGACGGGGCUGUCAUGGUUAAAUCAGUCAAUCGAGGCCUUCAUGCACUGUUUUCUCGGGGUUCAAGUUAAAAUGCUAAGCAGCAUUCUCGAUGAAGGAGGCUGGGUGAAAGAAGUACAGUGCGAGUUUCUCUUAUUGUUGAAGGGCGCUAUCAGGCAAUGAGACCUUGCCAAAAGCGGACAAUGCCUUUGAUUCUGGAAGAUUCCUUGAAUUUACAGUAUAGUUUCCUAGUCAUCAUUGGAAAUUUUCACUUUAGAUUUAUAACUGUUUAGUUUUUAGUCGCUAAGUAUUUUUUUGUUGUCGAUGGCUAACAAAAGAAGAUGAAGAAGGAUGUUCACGUUGUGGUGUUUCUUUUCAUUGCUAAAAAUUUAACUUCAUAAAAAAAUCACCUUUAAGCAAUCUCAUAGCUCAUGGCUUUUAUUGAGGUUUAACCACAUAAUUAAUGGUUAGUGAAUGGGCGCAAGGUCAGUUACCUAAAUGUAACAUUAUAAUCUUCUUCCAGUUUUAAAACGGAAGGCAUGCGAAGUUUCUGACUAUUGUAUUUACUAAAGGCAGCCCGUGGUUACUGUGUAACAACUGGCUUUCCAAUCCACAUCCAGUAUAACUCCACGCCUUCCACUUCACACAUCUCAACCAACCCCUAAAAUAUACAACACUACUGUACUACUCACACAUCACUAAUACACACCAAAAACUUUACACACGUGAAGUACAUCGACGUGCAAAUAUACGCUCCCACAGCGUCUUGUCUUUACUUAUUUUCGCUGGAACUUAACUUUGCGAAAAUGGAACUGACAUAUUUUUGCGGGACUUUGAUUUCGCGUUUUGGCCAAAACCUAUAAAAAUGGAACUAAUACUGAUAACUGAUACUGAGUGUCUCUGCUGGCGUGUGCAAAUAACUAUGGUGAAAAAAGGCAUAAGAUGAAACGUCCAAUUUUUCAGCCCGUGAGUCGUAUUGAAUAUGACUGAUACUGAACGCUGGAUUUUUUACUCUGUUUUCCCAAGGUUAAGUGGAGCAUCCCCAUUCCUUGCAGAUGAUGAUAUUGAAACAUUUGCAAACAUACAGAAUGUGAGCUAUGAAUUUGAUCAAGAGUACUUUGCUGACAUUACAUCGCAAGCUAAAGAGUUUAUAUCUUCUCUUCUAAAGAAGAAGACAAGGUAAGCGUGAUAAUUUAAGAAAAUUCACUUUGACUUUCAUACAAUGUAUUUUAUUUUGGUUUUAGGGCUCAUGUAAGACUAUUAUAUGAACUGGAUCAGAUUAGCUCUGACACCAAACUUUCCUAGCUUUUCCUCACCAAAAUACUAGCUUCUUAUCCAACAGUUAUCAAGAGAUUGAAAAAUAAUGUGCAUUUACUAAUAAAUGUACGUUGUGAUUUGUCCGUGAUUAUAAGUACCAUCUAAUGAUUUCUAGUUUGCGCAUUGUCAAUGAGAUGCAAUAACUUCAGUUUUUAAGAGCUUAAAAAAUUAUGUGAAUUUUAAGGAAUUUUCCUUUUCAGAUUUUGGAGUCUUCGUCUUAGUUUUUCAGGGUCUUAAGUCGUCGAUGUUCGUUUUUUGGGUCAUCGUUUCCAAUACGACAGGUUUCAGUCGUCUACACGUAUUCGCAAAUCCGUCGGAUCAAAAAAAGAAAAAUGCUUCGGAAAACGGGUUCAAAGAGAUGCGGUUUAGUUGAGCGGAUUAAUUAGUUUCGUGUGGACAGGAGGUCGACUCCCUGCCACAUGUCGCCUUUUCUCGCUUGGGGUGAUUUUCACGCACGCUCGCAUUUCGCUCGCUCGCUCUUCUAUCCCUGAGGAAAAAGGGGGGACUACUCGUAGUCUAAACAUUAUAGUGAUGAACACUUUUAAAAACUCACCGGGAUUCUAGGAUUUAACAAAACAGAACCGCUAAAAAACUAGCAGAUGAUAAGAACAAAAAGAAUUUUGAAGUGAAGUGCAGCCGUCGAAAUUACUGUAAAUUUGGAUUUUUGUAGUUGCAAACGUAAGAACAAUAGAGGAAAACUAUUCCCUCGGUCGCCAUUCAAAAACUCAUGCAAAGCUAAGGUUGUUAUGUAGUUGUUUGAAGCCGCCAGCUGGUUUUACUGAACGAGAAAAGAAGCUAUACAUACGCCUGGAUUGCUGUAGUGAAUGGUUGCUUAGCCUGUAUUUGUGGCUAGUUGCUUGUGAUAUUCCUUAUGUCGGAUGAACAGGCUGCAGUUAUCUAUCGGGCAGUGGCUUCACAAUCAUGAAGAAACAGUUCUUGUCCUCCUUCGUAGCUGGUCGAGGUAUUUCAGUUUCAUGUAUUUUCAUGUAUUCUUCUAUAAACUUUCAAACAAACUCUUGUGGCUUUUUUGUUUGUUUGUUUUUUUCCGGUGAAAUUAAAUUGCAUUUUCUAGUAUUCUAAGAAUUAAAACAAUCUUCUGCGGGCGCCAUUCUAUCCUUCGCGAAAAAAAUUCUCAGCUAGCUUUCGAUUUUGAACUAACGCGAACACUGACCAUAUAUGGAGAGCAUGGUAUAAUUAACAAUUAAUGAAAAAGGCUGAGUAUCUUAUAAAGAAUUAUGGAGAUCGAGGAGAGUGUUACGGCCUCGACAGAUAACACCCUCCGGGAUCUCCAUAAUUCUUCAUAUGAUACGAAAGCCGAAUUCAAUAAUUGUUUUAUUAUUCACUCAAAAUAACUCCUAGUUUAAAAACAAAGCUGAAACAUGCUUACCUCCAUCGAUGUUAAGUUCACCUUCGAUAGUGCACGUUUAGGGUUUUCAGCUUCGCAAAUGUUCUCCAAAUAGCAGAUGUCGCCCUUCGAGUUGUGUUCUUGCUGUUCUUGCCAUGUUUUUAGCUAUAAUUUCGCCCAGUUCUUACUCUUGAAACGAGUGAAAUGUCCGCCAUUUUUUGUCUUCGCAACCAAAACAACUCAACCUCGUCCUCAGGUCUUCUCGGUUAACGGUGCCUUAACCUGCAAGAACGCUGCUUUUUUGCAUUUUUGACGUCCUUUCCUCGUUAAACACAAAAUUUUUCCAAAUUUGGUCAUCAUUAGCUGGUUAUGGGUAAUUAUGCGUGUGCUUUUAGCCAAUCAGAAUCGGGGAAAUAUUUUGAAUGAAUAAUAAUUAACAAUUAAUGAAUGAGGCUGAGUAUCUUAUGAAGAAUUAUGGAGAUCGAGGAGGGUGUUAUCUGUCAAGGCCGAAAGCCGAGGCGGAUAACACCCUCCGAGAUCUCUAUAAUUCUUCAUAUGAAACGAAAGCCGAAUUCAAUAAUUUUUAAUUAGUAUUCAUUCAAAAUAAUUCCUAGUUUAAAAAUAAAGCUAAAAAUGCUUACCUCCAUCGAUGUUAAGUUCACCUUCGAUAGUACACGUUUAGGGUUGUUCAGCUCCGCAAAUAUUCUCCAAAUUGCAGAUGUCGUUCUUCGAGUUGCGUUCUUGCUGUUCUUGCCAUGUUUUUAGCCAUAAUUUCGCCCAGUUCUUACUCUUGAAAAGAGUGAAAUGUCCGCCAUUGUUUGUUUCCACAACCGAAAAAAGUCAACCCCGUCCCCAGGUCUUCUCGGUUAACGGUGCCUUAACCUGCAAGAACGCUGCAUUUUUGACGUCAUUUCGUCGUUAAACAAACUUCUUCCAAAUUUGGUCAUCAUUAGCUGGUUAUGGUGAAUUAUGCGUGUGCUUUUAGCCAAUCAGAAUCGGGGAAAUAUUUUGAAUAAAUGAAAACCCCUGCCGUAUUCAGAAGGCGUAUACUGCGUACCAGCUUUAAGGUUUUUGUUGCAUUUGCCAUGCUGGUUGUGAAAGGUCUCGGAGAUGACUUUCUCUUCAUUUAGGUCUUUUGUAGCCAUAAGAACUUGAACUUCUCAUUUCUUCGCCGAGCUUAAAAUUUACCAUCUUUCUUUAUUUAUCACACACAUGCCGAUUUCGAUAUGAUCCCAGCAGUACGCAAGGUGCAUGUUAUACAUGAACCUUGUAAAUGGCCCAGCUCGUUACAAGUCUCUCGUAGCUCAGUGGUUAGAGCAUCCGACCGGUGUACGGAAGGUCAUAGGUUCAAUUCCUGUCGGGGACUCAGAUUUUUCCUUUGUUCCGUACUCGUGACAUGUUGAUCACAUCAUUUCUCAAACUUUCACAACUUUCCACGCAUCACAACGUUUUUGAUACGGUGAGCGCCUGACCUCGGAAAACUUUGGCCAGAAACUGAGUAAACAUGUCGAUACCCUAGACAGCAACUUUGUCCUUGAUUAAUUGUCAGAGGCUAGAAAAUGCAAUGCAACAAGUUUGCGCGACAAGUUGGACGAAAAUUUUGCCCGUACUACUUGACCUUUACCUUACGCUGUCCAGAUGACGUCGUGUCAUGUUCUGACACAAAAUUAUUGUAAGGAGUUGUUCCUCUUACUAUAGGAGAAUAAUAAGACCAGAAGUCAACAUUGAACGUUUUAAAAAUGUUAAGAAAUAAAGACGUAUUUUUAAUUAUUGAUUUAGAUUCUUAAUUACAUUUACUUUGGUUCGUUUCAGUGACAGGUUAUCUGCAAGAGAUUGCAAAAAGCAUCCGUGGCUCCAUGAGGUAUUUCUUUCUUAUAAUUGUAUUUACUUUCUCUCUUGACCUCCUUUCUCCAGUUCUUCAUGUUUCGUUAAGCUGUGAAGGCCAUCCCUUCAGUACGGGCGGAUUUCCACUGUCGCGUAAUUUUUACUUGGGUACGCACGUGGAUAAAAUAAAGGCAAUGUAUUAUGAAGUGUCUCGCGUAAACGUAAAAGUUGAGCGAGGUUCAACUUUUACGUUACUCGCGACCUCCCAUACAUUGCCUCUAUUUACUUACGCGCGUAAAAUUUACGUUCGUACGCACGUUAAAGUAACGCGGCAGUGGAAAUCCACCCUGAUGCAAAGGGAAUUUUAAGGUUCACAUUUUUGCCGGAAUAUCCAGGGCAUUUGCGUUACUUAGUUAGUAAGGAAUUUGGUCAGUUUUAAUGUGAAAAGUCUUCCUGGGAGUAGCCUGCAAAGCAGACGUGUUUUGUGGUGCGAACGAUUUGGACGUUGAAGUGACAGAGACUUGGAGCGAGUCAAAGGCGGCCGCGAUUAAUGUACCUCAAGGUCGCGCCGUCGUUGAAAAAAACGCGCCUGCUUUGCAGGCUAACCUAGGAGUUGAGAAUUUGACAACUCUAUCAAAAGGGCGAUCACAAUCCCAAUGGACAACAUACACAGCUCCUGCUUACAUUCAGUACAGUGAUAACAAUACAUUCAUUUACUCUUCAGCCAGAACCAGAAGUGUCAUUGAAGAGAAGAUCUACUCUCAUCAAGACUGAGACUUUUCGGGCGUUCACUGCCCGAGCACGCUGGAAAGUAAGUGGAGAAAAUUUUAGUUCCCGGACAUGAGCUUACUGGCAAUGAAUAGUCUGUACCAAAAAAAGGGAAGUGACGGGUACCUAUGGUCCGUAGCAUAAACGUGUAACGUCUUGUGCUAAGAGGACAGUUAUUUUUCAGAGAGAAAAUGUAAAUUAUUUAAUGUUUUCUUUCACUCAGUCUACGUUCUUUUUUCAACACAUUUGUUUUCUAUGCUGAUAUGUUCAGUUUGCCAUGCGUUAUCUGUGGAAAACGUAUGUAAUGAAACAUUGCGAUAGGUAUCAACUGACCAAAAACCACCUGCUUGCAAAACUAAAUCGUUCUUCAAGGCAGUCAGUUGUGUGGCGACUUCUACUGUAGCACGUAAGGUUGGUUGGGCGGCCACAGGCAAGGUUAAAACUUCAACAGAUACGGUUUCGGGACUACUGUAAUUUCUGGAAAUGCCGGCUAAUCCCACAAUUUAGAGUCUCGUCGAGUCUGACGGGUCACACGUAAGUAUGUUCAGAAAUAAUAAUUAUUUCUUCUUUAUUUCCUCCAAAAGUAAUAGUUAUUUCUUCCUCAUAAUUAUUUCUUUCGCCUGAAAGGAAAAUGCGAAGAAUUCGAAGAUAUCUCGAACUAGUUCCGAAGCAACUUCGGGACCUCCGGAUGCAACUUUCAAGCAUUCCUGAGCUGCGCGAAUCCUUUACUUCUCGCUCCGCCGGAGUGAUGACCUUACCAUCAUUCUUGAGCCGAUGGAGUCUAGGGUUUUUGUGGAGGGUAGAAUGUCGAGGGUCGAGGGUCUAGAAAAUGAUAGAUUUUUCUUCGAGCGAGUGAAAAACAUUCAUUGCGAAUUUUAUAGGCAAUUUUCAUGUCGGAACCUCAUGUUCAUGUUGCUCAUACAAAGCCUCUGAGUAGUCACGCUAGAGAUGUACUGUCACAAUAGCUAUUUUUAAUAACAGUGCAAAGCGCUACUGACGCAACGAACACACCUACUUAUGUAGACUUAGCGAUCAGUGGAGCCGAAGCUUAGCUUAAUGCGGGACGAGUCUUCGGGCGGGAAGAUACGGGUGCUUGCAAUUGAAUAAACUUCGUUCGACCUUUAUCUUACUGUAUGUACGUAAUAUUAGCUAUCUGAGAAAAAUCUUUGAAGUCUUUGAAGAUUUGUUCGUUGCGGAACUAAGAGAAACUUACUCUCGGUUAGUUUUUGCGGUGGUUUGAGCGAUAAAAGAUGACCGUGCUUUUGGCGAAAAAUUAAAUGAAUCGACAUAUGAGCACACAGAAAAAUGGGCACACAGAAAUUGAACAUCAAUACCCCCGCACUUAAACGACGCAAAGGCCUUUAAUAGCCCGUUCCAGGCGUUCAGAUGCUGGUGAGCGAGUUAAAUAGCACGUGGCGUUCGCCUUGUUUUUCCCUUCUCAAAUUUUCGCCCGCUCCCAGUCAUUUGAACGCCUCGAACAGGCUAAGUCCAUGUCUUAAACUAACCACUAUAAUACGAGCGUUGUGAACUGUUUCAACCAAACUUUUUUCAAAUGCGACAAAAUGGGUGACUUUUCACCAACUACAAGCUUUCUCUUUUCCUGUAAUAUAUCCUUGAAUUACUGGUACGGUAGAACUUCCGUGGAAUAUGUUUAAAGGGCUACCGCUUCGCUCAAGAAUCUCCCUACGAUGGCCAAUCCACGCAGUGAAUAACUCGUCCUGAGAGAGGAUUUAUUCUCCUGUCUAAGCAAACGCUUUUAAAGUUUCAGUACUUCGUAGAGGGCCACUAGCAAUGGACAAAAGCGAACAAACACGGCCAAAAGGUGCAAAGUGUGACAGGUUUAUUUGUCUUCUGAUUACCUACACUCCUCUCAUUGAUGCCGUAAGGAAAAGACAGCUCUUAAAAAAAGACUAUAAGUAAAUCUAUGUCUUUUUUCGACCCUCGACGCGAUAUUUCGAGAUAGGAGGAAACAAAAAGAGGAAAUGCGUGUAUUAACCCACGGGCAUUUCUGUAAAUUCCACAAAGGCGGGAAAUCUUGUGGUUAAAGCUAAAAAAAAAAGCAUCUCUUCCAGAAAGACUAUAAAUGAAUGUACGUUUUUCCCCCAGACAUUUUACCCUCGACCCUCAAUCCUCGACAAAAACCUACACUCGAGCCGGUGCUGUCAUAAAGCUUUCUGGCUAUAAGCCAGUAAGCUCAAUAACUACGACGGAAUUAACGUAUUUACGUUAGCCCACAUUUAACUGUAAAUACGAUGCUCGUAAACAAGUGAGUAACGUUUACACGGACAACUUAAGAAUAAAAUUGAUUUACGUAUGAAGAUCCUGCUGUAGCUUGUAUUUACUGUGGCUUUAAUGAUACGUGACACCAAAUAUGGCACAGGCAAUCAGUACUUAUCUCAAUUAUAAGAUGUUUGAUCCAAACUGGCACCUAGCUACAACAAUUUUCACUGAUCGUAUUCCGCUCUUAGGUACUUAUAUUGCAACGUUACACUUUGUCAAUUUUUUUCACAUACUUGUGUUAUUAACUUGAUAAAUGUGACGAAUUUUACAGAACUCCUUGAAGAAAGUGAUUGCUAUGAACAGGCUAGCUGUUUUGGCGGGGAAAAAGGAUGGUGGAGUGUUGUCGGCAGACCUCCUUCAGGUAAGAAUACUUCUCUCCUUCGUGCCAGUAAUCGAUGACUAGUUCAGCGGCUUGCAUUUAAUUAUCACAGCGUAAUAUUUGUAUACACUUCAUAAUUUUAAAUCUGUUAAAUAUAUUAGCUUUUAACAUUUAAAAGCUAUACUUACAGCUUAAAAGAAAAUGUGCCACGAAAAAAAUAAAUGCCCUAACUGUGUAAUAAGUAAACAUUAGUUGUUUUUUUGAUUUAAAGCACUUGUUGUCUUGUAAAGUAAUAAAAUAGAUGCUAAGUGCACAGAACUUAAGUGUGAGGCAUUGUUUACAAUAAGUAACUCAUAAAACGCACCUAAUAAGAUUCAAGAGAUAGGGCCUGUUUACAUGGAGGUGGGAACCCCAUGUAGGUGAGGUAACCCACCUUUCCAAAUAAUCUCUCAUUUUAAUGUGAUCACGUUUACAUGUUAGGUGGGGUAACCCGCCACAUAUUACCUCACCUACCUGGGUUCCCCCACCUUCCUGUAAACAGGCCCUAACUUGCACUACAUAUAAUACACGGUGUCUAGAAGUGUUGAUACCAUGACAUAUUUUAGAAGGAAUUAUGAUGACUCCAGUCCACCGUCGCUUUAAUCGUGUAGCGAUAUUAUGUGAGGUUUUUCUUGACAUUUUUCUAAUGCCUAACAAUGACUUGUACACCUUGUUUGGGGCCGGCACAAUUGUGAUAUAUGUCGAACACUUUUGCAUAGUAGCGUAGCCUCUGUGAUCUAUAAAGAACUAAGGAAUUUUGAUUUAUGGUUCAAGUCUUCUGAGUCGUGGGUAAAUCUUGGUCAGCAUGAAGAGCUGCGUUUUAUCACCGCUUCCGUGUUAUCAAUUUUUCAUAACACGGUAAAGGUUCGUCCUUCAGGCAAUUUAAUUUUGCAGUGGACCUACUCAAAUUUUCCACAUAAGGCUACUAAAGAAAGACUGCUCGGCUUAACCUUGAUGGUAUUAUUGUUCUUGCUUUCACAGCAGAGUGACUGUUCAGAUACAUCAGAUAGUGAUUCAGAAAUGCCAGAUCAAACUAACCUAAAGACGGCAAAAACACGAACAAAUUCACAGUUACUACAGGACAGAAGUUACAAACAUUGA